AUGGUACCGCGGACCCUCUGGCUGCGAACUCUCCGUUCCGCCCGCCUUGUCGCAGGCGCAGCCGCGCCGCUUAGUCCUCGGAGCCCCCUCGGCCCGCGGGCGCCUCCUGUGGAGAGGCGGGGGCCGCGUGGUGCCUGGGUCGCCAUGGCAGCUCGAGAGCGUUCGCCCCCCCGCAGGGCGGGAUCCCAUGGGCUGGAGGCGGAGGCCCCGGGCGAAGCCGGAGAGAACGGGCAGCCUCUCUCGACAAGCAGCCAGCUCUUGCAGCAGACCGGUGAGCAGCAGCAGCAGCAGGAGGAGGAGAAAGAGGCACGGGGGCCUACCUUAUACCGAGCCGAGACCAUUGCUCAGUGUUGCCUACCCUGGCUGGCAGCAGCACUCCAGGAUUUCAGGCAGGAGGCUUUCCCAACCCCACCUGGGGAUGCCAGGGGUUGAAUUUGGGACUGCCCAUUAUUAUUAUUAUUAUUAUUAUUAUUAUUUGAAUUUAUAUACCGCCCUAUACUUGGAGGUUUCAGGGCGGUUCACAGAACAAAAUCAAAAUGUAAAACCACAAUAUAUAUAAUCAAAAUGAAAACAACCACCCAAUAACAACUCUCGCCCCCCUUCAAAAAAGAACCACUUUUUAAAAGGGCAUAGGAUAUCAAUCAAGCAACCAAAGGCCUGGCUUAAAAUGGAACGUUUUUGCCUGACGUGUAUAAUGAAGGCUCCCCUAAUAAUGGGAAAGGCUCUGUUUUUUUGGUGUUGCUGUCCCCCUUCCGACACAAAGCUGCUUUGAAAUAUUUCCUGCGCUUGGGGUAGCUUUCGACACACAUUCUAGCCCUCAGCACAGACACGUGUACAAAGGUACGCCUGAAGUUUUUCCCUUAAGCACAAACCAUUUGGCGUACACGUCUUAUUUUCUCAGCCACAAUAGCCUCAGAUCUUUAGAGUCACCGUCAGAACUGUAGAUUAGAAUUAUUGCUGGGGAUAAACAAGGUAUUCUCAUUCAGGAGGAGAAGGGCCCAUUGUGCAACCUUGCUAUAGAUAAAAGGUAAAGGGACCCCUGACCAUUAGGUCCAGUCGUAGACGACUCAGGUUGCGGCGCUCAUCUCGCUUUACUGGCCAAGGGAGCCGGCGUUUGUCCACAGACAGCUUUCCGGGUCAUGUGGCCAGCAUGACUAAGCUGCUUCUGGUGAACCAGAGCAGCACAUGGAAACACCAUUUACCUUCCCGCCGGAGCGGUACCUAUUCAUCUACUUGCACUUUGACGUGCUUUCGAACUGCUAGGUUGGCAGGAGCAGGGACCGAGCAAUGGGAGCUCACCCCGCCGCGGGGAUUUGAACCACCAACCUUCUGAUUGGCAAGCCCUAGGCUCUGUGGUUUAGACCACAGCGCCACUCGCGUCCCUAUAGCUAGCUAGCUAGAUAGUUUUACUGAUGAUGUUUAACCUUGCAGUGAUUAAGCUGUGUGUAUUCUGGGAAUAGAAAUGAGUGCUACUAGUAGCAAAUGCUUGUUUGGUAUCCGUGAUCUGCUAGGCGCAGUGCAGAAUUUGGAUGUGACACAGCUACAUUAGAUGGGCUAGUAGGGAUUUAUUACUUAUUAUUCUGCCACACCUCACCCUCCAGAACUCAAAGUGGCUUGUAUAGGACUUCCAGACCCAGACUUGUUUAGCUUUGGCAAUGUGGCUGACUAUGCUCUGAAAACUAUAAGCUUCUCCCAGGAGUGGGAAUUGAGAUAGGAGUAUCAAAUGGCAGUGAAGGGACAGAUAGGGUAAGUGGAAAUGCCACAAGGAGCAUUAACACCCUGCCCUUGUAGUAUACUGUGUAUGGUUCAGUGUUCUUUGACAUAACAGCUGGGGGAAAGAGGAGUAUAAAAACCAAUUUGUUAUGCACAAUUAGCAUAGAAGAAAGAACAAAUGACACUGCAGGCUACUGGGUUUUGUUUACCAUUCCAAAUGCUCUUUUAAAUGUUCACCUAAUUAAUGAUGAUUUAUGUUUACACAUACUUUUGCUACACUUGUGUAGCUCAUUCUCCUUUCUAUAAGCUUAUGGUUGGCAUGAAAUUAUUUUUGCUCUCUCCUAAUAUCCUUACAACAACCCUGUGAGAAAUUUGUCUGGAAAUGACUUGCCCAGCGCUAACCAGGGAGUGUCAUAGUUUUAACUGCAACACUUUAUCUGCUAUACCACAUUACCACAAACUAUGAAAUCACUGCCUUUUCUUCCUAGUUUUUUUCUGCUUGUGGAAUCUACUUUCUCAGAGAAACUCUAGGCCAUGAAUUAUUGGGGUGAUGGAGGGAUUUUUCUGUCCUUUGUGUUGCAGUUAGAGCCAUGAAGGCAACAUGAUUUGCAUUUGGCCUGCUUUUAUAGCUGCCAGCAAUUCACAACUUGCAGGAUGCCUUGGUACCUUUUAAUAUAAUUCGAUUGAGAAAUGCAGGCUCCCAAAAUGGAGUGCAUUUACAUCUAUCAUCUCAAACAGCAGUUGUUUAUUCAAGCAGGGAAGCACUUCAUGUUGGUAGGUGUAGAAGUGCUUUACUGGAGUAGCUUUAAAUGAGCAGGAGUAGUUUACACCCCACGGCACUGGCAGUGCAAACAGCACCAAAAAGAAAUAUUGCUGAAGAAAUGGCUGAAGCAAACUACUAUUGCUUGAAAGGGAACCCCCAGAUACAGCCUUCCUAGUUUUGCAGAGCCUAAAUUACGCAAGAUUAGCCAAGCCUCCUGGGAAAGAGCAACACAUCACUCUGUUCUGUACCGGCAAUAAAUAUAAUUAAGGAUGAAUCUUGCUUCAGUGUGGAGUCUGUAAGGAGAAUAGUUUAUGACUGGGAUCCUAUAAAACCGCAUACCUACUGUCCAUCCCACAUGUGCUCAUAAUUCAGCACUUAUCCGGCUUGUUAUAAUUCAGUGGUAUUAUCAAUACAGCCUAUGGUCUCCACAGAGCCCCAGUUCAAAACAUAUAUUUAAUUUAAGAAAGAUGAACAAAAUGUAUAUGUUUGGGAAGCAGUUAGAGAUGCAGCCCAAUUCAAGGCAUAUUUACCCAGAAAGAAGUCCACUGUGUUCAGCGUAACUUCUAAUUAGGCAUGCUUUGUAUUGCAGCGUUGCUCUUAAUGUUCCAGAGCCACCAUGGAUCUUUUAGUAUCUGUUCUACAAGUUCAGUUCAAAUUACACAUCAGCAAAUAAUAAUAACAGACAACCAUAAAUUAUGUACUGAAGUUACUGUUUCUGAACUGCAGAGAAUUACACAUCCAAUUUGUCAACCUGCAGCAAGCCCAACACUAUGACUCACUUGUUUAUCUCAUCCUCUGGAUAAUUUCCCUUGAGGUAAUCCCUGCUUCACUUGUUACUACUACAAACAGUGAUGUUCGACACUUGCCUGGUUCUUUGGAUGCUGAUAGUUUAAAGUCGAAAUAUAUAAUUUUGGGGGGGCAAAAAUGGCACUUUAGCUUUUCUCUUCCUUCCCAUCAGGGUAAAGGGUGUAUUUUAUUUUUGGAUACAGUUGACGAUGAAAUCAGCCAUACAACAGUCAAUUGCCAGAAUUGCCUUUUGCUCCUGAUUAUAGGAUGGCAAACUUGGGUUUGUCAGGGAAGGUGCACACAACAGGAAGCUAUGGCCAGGCAUAGCUUCUCCAUUGAUAUGUCAUUAUGAUGCAUUUGCAAACCUGUUUGUCACUCUUACAGUUUACAAUUUUGGCGUACACUUAAAACCUCCAAGGCAUGUACCUAAAAGAUGUAAUGUGUGAAGCUUAUAUGCAAACAAUGACAACACGUUUAUUUUUCAUGAACGUCUGAGGGUGAUAAGCUGUGCCUGAGACUUUUCUAUAGUUGGAAAUUCAGAUAGAUACCCUUCAUGCCUAACACUGGAGGUAGAUAGGAAUUCUGAGAUGACAGAAUGACCAUUCACACUAAACCACUGUGUGUGCAGAGAUUUGCAUGAUAUCCCUUUUUUCCUAUAUGAGUAGGAUACUGUGCAGAUUUUGCAUUCAGGAGACAGAACAGAAGAUCAGUUCUCCCCCCUCCCUUAAAUCCUGUGAGGCUUUUAUAUAGAAAAUGGCUGGGAGGGUUCACUUCCCCUAAGGCACAGAGGAGAGGAUCUCGGGAAGGUAGGUUUUAACCUCUCACAUUUACAUGAUGGCAAACCUGUGUUUGUCACUGUGUGUGCGCACAACAGGAAGCUGUAGAUGCAAUUCACCUAAAUGCCACAUUUCUUUUUUAAUCAGCCAGCAGCUACUUCCUGUACAGCCUUCAGGAUCAGCUAACAACUGCCUUGUUAGCCUUCCCUCGCUGCUUUAAGCUGAAGCCAAUUAGUAUCUAAUCAGGUGACUUAUCUCCCCUAGCACUACGGAUGAGGGAUGAGGUAUCUAAGAGACGCUAUACAGGGCACUAAUAAUCUGGAUCAUGUGCUUGUGUUUUUUACACUUCACUUCAUCUAUCAAGCCAGUGAUUUCUUUGCCACAAGAACAGAACAGGUGUGUCUGUUGCCAAAUUCCCCCAUUGGGUUAGAUUUGGACUACCUGAUAGUGAAGAUCUGAAAAAGGAGGGCUCUGUAGUAAUGAGAUAUGUUGAAUUUCUGAUGUAUCACUUCUUCCACUACACGACGAUAACUGUGUUAUGUCAUACUACAAUUAUACCUGCAUAAUGGAAGAAGCAUUACAUCACUAAUUCAGUUAUGAUGAUCUCUCCUUAGAUUGCUACUAUCAGUUUAGAGUUACAGUUAAUUGUUUUUAUUUUAAAAAGACACAGUAAGUUGUACCUUUUCAUUAACAAAAGGUGUAUAAUUAUUUUUAUGUGACAACAGUUGUCACCUAAGUUGGCAGGGCUCAUUUGACAUCAACACAAAAUAGAACCUUUAGUGUCAUCAGCCCAGCCGUGUAGAAUAUGCAAAAGAUGUGCCUUCUGCUAAAAACUUUUCUAUUCUUCCAGGCUUGUGCAGGCAAUUAAGAAUACAUAUUUUCAUGCUAGUUAGUUGGUGGUCUCUUGAUUUUAUUUUUUAUGUGUUUUUAUAAUAUAUAGGUAUAUAAUUUUAAACAGCUUUGAUAUUUUUAAUGAGGUAUAUGAAUAUUUUUUAUAAAUAAAUAAAAAAAUAAGGAAUCUGAUUAUGUAUAUAGCUGAAGAAUCCACACACUGUUUAUAAGAACCCAUAAGCUGUUUAGAAGAUAGGCAUACACAGAUGCAGUAGUAGGGAAAACUUACUCUGGUGUAGAGGAUUGGAAGUUUAAUCAUUCUCAACUGCAUAGAUCCUUGUAAAGCAAGUCAGCAUUACUUGUGGCUUUCAAAAAGGGAGUCAAGACACACAGAUGUAUUUUGGGAUUGUUCAUAAAACAUCGAAAGCUAACAAUGAAACCUAAACUUGCAGUUUGGAGGAACAAGCAAUUGCUUUGUGAGAGCCUCUGGUAUUCUACUUGAAAAGCUGCCUUGCAGUGAGCUGUGAGCCUGGAACUGAGCUUUAUUGGCGAUGAUUUCAUCAGCCUUGAAAUCUAAAACCCAACUCAUUGUUUCAAAUGUAUUCCAGAUGGAAGGCAAAUUGUGGAGCGGAAGAAAAAGCAAAGAAAAAAACGAAAAGAGGAAUCCUGCCGUCUUGAUGAUUCUGUAUGUUGCGUGAUGAUGGAAAUGCCAUUUGCCAAAGCAGAUAUUGAAGAUGAAUUUAGCAGUAAGUAUAAAUACUAAUCCAGAGCUGUGAAGUAGCUUUAGCUCAAAUUUCCAUCUUGGAAGUAAACAAGCAUGUUCCACUUGGGCCAAAUUUCUUCGUAUUUUGUACUCUGACCUUAGCAAUUACAAAUGCAUCUAUUGUAGUCCUUGAAUGUUGGCGCCACCUCUCCCCAAAGUCCCAAAUGUUUGCAUCCUCUAACCACAAAAAUGCACUCAGAUCCCGAGUGAAUCACAAAAUAUUCUAUGAACUACAAAUUCUCUGCUUCCUAGUGCUUGCCCUUUAAGAAAAUGCAGGAAAAUGUGCAAUUGUGAUAAUGAAAAAUACAAUAAAAAGGUAAUGAGCAAAUGCUGAGAUUGUUUGAACUGCAGAUUUGAAACAGCUAAUUAAAGGGCUGAUUGUGGCAGGAGGUACCAGAACAGGGCCAAUUAAAUCUUACAGUAGCAGGAAGAUAACCUCAGUUGUGUUUUGCAAAUCUGGCCUGGACAGGGUGGCGCCGUUAUUUCAUCGUCAGUUAAGAAACAAUAACCAUCACCACAAAUAUAUGCGUGGGGAGUAAUGUUUUUGUUUAUUCCUGUGUUGCGUAUUUUUAUAUUGUAAAUCACCCUGUGAUCCUUGGAUGAAAGGCAGUUUAGAAAUUUCAUAAAUAAAUCAGAGUUGUAAAAAGACAGUGAGUGCAGCAUAGAAAAUACUGGAAUGUACUGGUUCAGAAGCAACAUUAAAUUAUGUCGGUUUUGGAGAAAACAUAGAAGCCUUUGAGAGCAUAUCUGUUUAUGCUUAUGGGAUCGCCUCUCCUGGUAUGCCCCGCGGAGGACCUUAAGGUCCAUAAAUAACAACACUUUGGAGGUCCCAUGCCUCAUGGAGGUUAGAUUGGUCUCAACUAGAGCCAGGGCCUUUUCAGCCCUGACCCCGACUUGGUGGAACGCUCUGUCACAGGAGACCAGGGCCCUGCGGGAUUUGACAUCUUUCUGCAGGGCCUGCAAGAUGGAGCUAUUCCGCCUGGCCUUCCGCUUGGACUCACUCUGACCCCUUAUAUGGGAUAUGGUAUAUAAAUUUUCCCUUGGCUUUUUUGCUGGGCCAUGUAGGACCAGCAUGGAUAGCUGGCAGGGUGAAUAUCUGAUGUUUCCUCCCUUUAUGGUCUUGAUUUAUGGGCUACUACUAAAAUGAGGCUGCAUUUUAAGCUAUAUUUUAAGACGUAUUUUAAUAAACUUUUUUUUCUUCUUUUCUUUUUUCUAUUACCUUUUAUUGUAAUUCAUAUUCAGUGUUAGCUGCCCUGAACCAAGCCCUGGCCAGGGAGGGCAGGGUAUAAAUAAAAAUUUAUUAGUUUUAUUAUUACUAUUUAUUUGCAACAUUUAUAGCUAAGUAGAUGUGCAUAGGAUUGAGACUUUUAUCCUGAGGUAGUCAUAGUGGAAAUGGAAGCAGGGCAGUUUUUGUUACAGGUUAGGUAAUCCAGGACACAUUUUUCUGUGAUGUCAUGCAUGCCAGCCUCUGACAGAUUACCACAAGGGUAUAUGUAGCCAUUGACAGGAAAGCAGAUGCCCAGUAAAGGGGUAAUCGAUUAAUUAAUUUUAGGAAAAAAUGUAUAUGAACUAAAAUCCUCUUAAAAUGUCAGGCCCUUAUUUCUGUCACCCUAUGUUAGAAUUCCAGUUCAGUUCUUGAGGUGUUAGAUAGGGGUUCCAAUCCUCAACUCAGCUGUGAAGCUGUGACCUUGGGCCAAUGGUUGUCUAUCAGCCUAACCUACCUCAUAGGGGAAUGGAAGAUAAAAGGGGAAGCGGAAGAACCCACAAGCUUCUUUAAGGAAAAGUGGGAUAUAAGUGCAGUAUUAUUAUUUUCUUUAAAGCCACCCAAAGGGCAACAACUAUGCAUAAGAGGGAGGUGUCAGUAGAAUGAGAGGAAACCUGAGGCUUGCUGAAGUUCAAGAAAUAUUUAAAAAGAAAGAACCCCGCAGCCCAGUGAGGACUGAGCAGGCGCAGUGGGCUUAGAUUGACUGUUGAAGAGUAAAUGGAAAACUGGUGUGGGAUGUGUGGAAUGGAACGGUAUGGCUGGAAUCCUAGGCAGGGAACCCUUUAUACAACAACAAUUUGUGGGAGGUCUCUGUCGUACAUGUUAUAUUUCAAAAAGUAUGAUACCUGAAUUUAUUUAUUACUAUUUAUUUUAUUUACUAGACUUAUAUACUGCCCAUUAUAAGAUCUCGGGGUGGUUCACAUGAUAAAAUACAAGGCAAAAGCCACCAACAAACAGUUAAAACAAAAACAACCAAACAAUAACAGGCCCCCCCCCCCAACAUAUUCAAAAGGCUAGAAUAUUAAUCGGCCAAAGGCCUGGUUGAAGAGGAAGGUUUUCACCUGGCACCUAAAGAUAUAUGAUGAAGGCACCAGGCGAACCUCCCUGGGGAAAGACUGCACAAACGGGGAGCCACUGCAGAAAAGGUCCAUUCUCGUGUUGCCACCUUCCGGACGUCAUGUGGGGAAGGUACACAAAGAUUGCCUCAGAACAUGAACACAGAGUCCGGGUCAGUUUGUACGGGGAGAGGUGGUUCUUGAGGUAUUGACUCUUUGCGUACUAAUUUCGAGAAUUUAUGUAUUGUUCUACUCAUGUGUGCACAGUAUCGUAACACCUCUCCACCCUCCUUUCCUACCCAGAUAAAAGCGCAGCUAAACCAUAUGUUAAAAAGACGAGAAAGAGAACUACUGGGAGGGAGAGUGAGGAAGACAAUCUAAUAAAGAAGAAAAAGAAAAACCAAGAUAAACCAAAUUACUUCAUCUCAGUUCCAAUCACAAAUCCAAAGGUAGCAAUACUUUUUAUUAUUCUGAUCUCAUAGGGGACAAAAUCACUUGUGAAUAAUGAAACCAGAGCUUAGACUUAAACCCAAACAUUGAUUCUGUGCCUUGAAGCAGAAGGGUUUUCUGCUUUGAACUGGUGGUUCCAGAAAUCUUCCCUUGUUUUCCCAACAAGAAAGGUGAGGAAUGAAGGAAACUGGCUCUCUUGGGAGUUGCUCCUCAAGGUGCUUGAUUCCCAAAGGAGCUGCCUCCUUUUCACUACUGAACAGUCGUUUAGUGGGAGAAAUCGGGGGGAAUGGAAGUUUGAACCUGCAGAUGUAGCAUCAGGAGCUUUGGAUUGGUUCUGCCACUGUGCUUGUACUACCCUAAGCUCCUCGCCCCCUUUUACCUCUCAGUUACCAUCAGUGACUUCCACAUUGGGAAGCCCAAGUAAGCAAUGUUGCCCUACUCUGCCCAGCAGCUGCCACUGCCCAGUUGAAUGUGAAAUUGCUGAGCAGCAGGAAAAGCAGCAGGUCUCUGAAGCCGCCUCUUCCUUGCUGUUCAGCUAAUCAGCUCAGAAGCAGGGGUGGAUAACAUGGUGAGGAAGGUUAUAUGUAUGUUACAAGGGUGCUAAUAAAUGCAUGCAUGUAUAUUCCAUGUAUGGUUGCCUUCUCUGCAGUCUCUGGUGUGUGGUGUGUGCUCUGCCCCACUGCCAGCUCUGCCCCUAUACAUAAUUUGGUUUUGGCCCAACCCACCAUUGGCACGCAGUCCCUUAUUGAGAUGGCCCAGUAUGUGGCCUCCUAAGAAGUGUGUACACAUAGACUCUGGGUAUGGACAUUCCUUUGCGUGCUAGAAGCUCAUGUAUACACGAGAAUAUGAAUUUGGAGACAGAAUGGCGUUCCCUUCCUUUUUCAAAAGAAGAGCUCUCCCACGCCAUGUUGGAAGCUGUUUCUGCCAGCCUGCUGACAGUGUCAGGAAUGUGCUUCCUCAAGUUCAGUUCAGACAUGAUAAACUGCAGCAAUGGCUACCUAGCCCUUUGACUGUGCUCUGCUCCCACGGUUGGAGGCAGUAUGCCUUUGAGUACCAGUUUCUGGAAACGACAAGUGAGUGGUGUACUGCUGCACUGAGGUCCUUUUUCCUGGCUCCCACAUACACACAGCUGUCUGCUGGAGAACAAGAUGUUGGACUACAUGGGUCUUUGGCCUGAUCCAGCAGGGUUUUUCUUAUGUAAGUUUCGGGCUCAUAUGCUACUCCCUUCACCUUCCACAAUGAGGAGGAGGAUGCUUUUGGUUCCAUUUUGAUUAGUUUAUUCUAAGAAUAGCUAUCUGUUGUUUUUAAUAACUGCCAUGCACUGGUUUCAGAUAUAAAUUUAUUUUUAGGUCCAUUUGAUUACUUCUUUUAAUUGGACUGUAAUGUCUGCUGGAUGAAAACAAAUCUUUGAUUUCCUUAGUUUAGUUCAGGAAAUUUCUCAUCUAAACAACAUUUAAUAUUUACUUGAUUUAAUUUCCGGUAAUACUGCGGUUGAAUGUAUGCUGUAGCAAAUGUUUUUUGCUUUGCUUCUGUGCAUAGCAAAAAUGAUUUGGUGUAAUUUGAAGGCAAACAUUUUCUCAUAUGGCUGUUACUGGAUGGAAAAAUAAAGCUAAAUAACUUAAUAGCCUUUACAAGGCAAACCUCAUUAUCCAACUUCAUCUUACAAAGCAGCUAGAUUCAUUUUCUUCAGCAAGAUUGUGUCAGCCAAGUACAUUGCUGCAAACAAGAAUAUGUAACUAACUAAACAAAACAAAACAUUAAAAUGGUGCAAGGUUAUCGUCCUUGUCAGUUGCCAAUAUUAGGAAUUGUAAUUUGUAAUGUCAAAUGAUCUUUCCCAUUUCCUGAGGUGUUUUAGAAUAUAGUUUUGCAUGCGCAGGGUCCUUUCCAACUCUACAAUUCUAUGAUUCUUGAUUGGAAUCAAAAUUUCAAUGUGGGUGAUUUUUAGUUGUUUUUAUCUUAUAUGAAUCCCCUGAAUUAUGUUUUUAUAGUAAAGUGAUGUAUCAUAUAUUAAUUCAUAUAUAUAUUAAGUGGACAUGUUGGUGCUGACCUUUAAAUCCCUAAACGGCCUUGGUCCUGUGUACCUGAAGGAGCAUCUCCACCCACAUAGUCCAGCUUGGACACUGAGAUCCAGCUCUGAAGGCCUUCUGGCAGUUCCCUCACUACAAGAAGUGAAGUUACAGGGAACCAGGCAGAGGGCCUUCUUGGUAGUUCUGCCCAGAUGUCAAAGAGCUAAACAAUCAUAGGACUUUUCGCAGGCAUGUGAAGGCAGCCCUGUUUCAGGAACCUUUGAUGUUUGAUGUUUUUGGUGUGUUGCUUUAUACUUUGCUGGAAGCCACCCAGAGUGCCUGGGGCAACCCAGUCCCAUAGGCAGGGUACAAGAAAUUAAUAGCAACAAGAACAACAACAACAACAACAACAACAACAACAGCCUAAUAAAUCACAUCAGACUGGUUCCCUAAUUGAAAUCCAUCUGUUGUCUUAAGCAAUCACUAACAGAACAAUUGGUAGUUCUUUGGGACUCAUUUUAACCCCACUUAUGUGCUAUUAAACUCAGUGAGUAGGCAUGUAUUGGGCUGCAACAUGUAUUUACAGAGUUCCCAAAUGGCUAUUUAGCACUUGAAAUUUGUCGCUUGUAAAAUAUGUGAUUCUGUGUCAUUCUGAAAAGCCAUUUAUGGUCUCUCCGAUACAUGUGGUCUGUGGCUUCAUGUCCCCCGAGCCUCCGAAGUUGCUCCACUCUCUUUGGGGUGCUUCAUGGAUGAGAGCUAGAAUUCCAGGAACAGCCUGGCAUGAAGGGGGAAGCUUGUGGAUUAACUGAGCAGAGAAGCUUUUGCCCCCUGUUUCUAAUGAUGGGUGACAGCCAGGGGCAUCGGUCACUUCUGAGGUUGGAUCUCUAGCCUAGUAAGGGGAAGGAAGGCAAGAGAAGCAGCCUGGGACUUGCUGAAGAGGUUCGCCAGGUUCCCCCUUGCUCAGUGCACUGUUGUGGCAUUAUUCUGUGCUUUUCACAUGUACUUUAAUUCUCACUCUGCAUAGUAAGAAAAGCUGGGGGAAUCAGUCAUAAAGCUAUUAUUGAGAGAAAUAAGAUCUGUAUUUAAUUCUGUAGCCAGAGAACCAAUCUCAUACUGGAGGGUGGGGUGGGGCGGGACAUAACAGUGUGUAGACAAAUCCUUUGAGGGCAAUCAUAACCCUACGGUAAUGAACACAGUAAAAAUCCCCUGUAUGCAUAACAUUAUCAACCAGAAGUCAGCCAUCAAUAUUUCAAGGCAGCUUUCCCAGGAAACUCUGUCCCUUUGACAUUUUAAGCGAUCAACUGAUUAAAGAAGUGAAAUGCUGAAGAUGCUGGUAAUUUGGUUUGACAGAACUGAUGCCCUGAAGUGUGAAAACUAACAACUCUCUGUAGAAAAUAAUAUAAAACUUUGCUGGCUUGCAGCAUUGUGCACGAUCAAGCCCCAACCAACAUCUGUAUUAGAUCACUUGAGUCAUUUUGUAUGAAAAGUGCUAAUGUGUUAAGAGGCACCCCUAAGGCUGCAUUGUAACAUGUAUCCCGUCUGCUUUGAGCGAAGCGGAGCCCAUCUACUCUGAAAGGGAGUAUGGGCUAUAACUUGCUCUUUCGUCCUGCAUUCAGAUCAGACCAAGGUUUUCUAUAACCUUGAUGUUUUUCCUAUGUAUUUGUGCUUUCCUCAGAAUACAUAGAACAGAGGGUGGAUUUGGCUUUAUAAAUCAUGUCCUAAUAAAUGUAUAUUGUUUUGUGUCUCCUGUCUGAUUUCUUUCCUAUCAUGGUGGGUUGUCUUAAGGCAAGAAGCGCCACAAACUGGGAAAGUCUCUUGCAGGAGUCCAGUUCAAGUAAAACAGAUAUUGUGCUUGAGCUUUGUUUGUGUCCUCGCACUAUCCCUUAUGCAGAGCAAAGCGUUUUCUUUGUGUUUGCUGCUGAUUGCACUAAUAGAAAGAAAAGUAAUAUUGUUUUUGUAUGUGUUUCUGUUCUCCCUCAGAUCACAGACACUAUUCAGCUGCUCCAGGAUAAAAUAAUACAAAAGGAUAGCAGGCUUUCUAAAGCAAUGGUUCAUUGUGGUUCUUUGCAUAUCACCCUCUCUGUUCUACAUUUGGCCAGUGAAGAAGCAGUUGACAAGUAAGCAUUUUACUCUGAAAUAACAUGCUGUCUUAAAAUCUACUUAAAAGUGUGGUAACCCAAAAAAGGGUAACAGAAACAUUCUGGUUUCAUUUUAACUAUAAUUAUGACAUUAAUGACAUAUGGCUGGGGUUAAUAAUUUAUAUUAGUAGUGUUAUGCCUUCUGUGGUACAGAGGAAACUUUAUCCGUAUAAAAGUGCUCACAUCACAUAGGUAAUAAGGGGACAAAAUUAUAUGCAAACUACGGAUAAUUAGCUAUGCAAACUGGAGACUGCUGAUCUCCCCCCAAAGAUUCCUGCUAGCCCAUACCUUUGUUAGUAAUUUGGAGCCCUGUGUGCAGUUCUCGUAGCCUCAUCUCAAAAAAGUAUAGCUGGAAAAUGUAGAAUGAUAAGAGAUUGGAGCACCUUCUUUAAAAUGAAAGGCUAAAGCAUUUAGAGAAUUUUAUGUUUGAUCAAAGAUAAUUGAAGGCCAAACUAUAGAUUACUUUAAUCACAUAGCCUAAAGGUCAUAGCCCUGAUGAAGUGAAGAAGGAUGGAAUUUUUGUCCAGUUUACAUCUUCUUCUCAACAUGCUGCAGUCUCAGUGAUGCUUGGCCCCCUCUGACCAUGCCGCUUAAUAAAUACAGUGGUACCUCGGGUUACAGAUGCUUCAGGUUAUAGACGCUUCAGGUUACAGACUCUGCUAAUCCAGAAAUAGUACCUCGGGUUAAGAACUUUGCUUUAGGAUGAGAACAGAAAUUGCGCAGCAGCAGCACGGCGGCAGCGGGAGGCCCCAUUAGCUAAAGUGGUGCUUCAGGUUAAGAACAGUUUCAGGUUAAGAACAGACCUCCAGAACGAAUUAAGUUCUUAACCCGAGGUACCACUGUAGUUAAAAACAUGGAUGUAGCUUAGCUGCUACACGCUAAUAAAUAUAUCAUAGCAAAAGGUUUUGUAGACCAGAGCCCACAUAUCAGAUGCAUGCAGGAUUAUCCUCUGCUGUCAGGAAUACAUGUGUAUGAAGGAAGAGAAAAUAUAAAGCUAUUGAGUCAAAACACCAUGAAAUGAUAAAUUCCAACACCUGUCACUGGCUAAUCUCUCGCUCGCUCGUACACGCGUGCGUGUGCGCACACACACACACACACACGCAAUUCUUAUAUUAGUACAUUAAUAUCCUGACUUACUUCUACCAUGGGCCUCAGUUUAGUAUCCAGGAGGUCUCCCAUCCAAGUACUCACCAGACUCAAACCUGCUUAAUGUCAGGAGGUGGUUGCAUUAUGUGCUGUGAGGCCGUAUUCUAGUCUAUAAUGGCCUCUUUAAUAGUGAUCCUUGUAAUAAUGAGGUGUAUAGCAACUAGUGUAGUUGAGUCAGCUAAUAUGGUCUCCAGUAAUGGAGUAAGAUUGCAAUCUUAUGCAAACUUACUUGGGAGUAAUCCCCCUUGCACUCAGUGGAGCAUGCACAUGUCAUGAGUGAACUAACAAAUUUGCUUUGUGAACCUUUUGUACACCUCUGCCUUUGGCUCUUUGUUUUUGACAAAUUUGCUUUCAGCAAAGUUUGGCAUGGGCUUAAGUUGCUCAGACUUCUCAGUGCUGUAGCUAAUAGCUGGGUAAUUUAAUGAAAGUGAAUCACAAAAGAGAAAUGGACAAAGAGAUAUAAUGAGUCCACAACCAAUCCUUUCAACAGCACUAUGCUAAAAGCUAAAACUCUUCCAUUUGUUUUGCUUCCAAUAAAUUUGGGUGUGAUCCUCAAAGUCUCGAGUGAGUGGCUAUAGAGCUCUGUCAGUGUGUGAUCAAGUAAGGGCUUUGAGGACUGCAGCAGAAUUAGCUCUCUGCACAGCUUUAAAUUAAAAAUUGAAGAAGGGAAUGAUUUUCCUCCUUUCUGACAAGUGUAGUCUCUAGUCAUUAAAUGUCAUGUUUUGUUUCAUAACGUCUCUCGAAAUGUGCACUGCUUCUGAAGAACUGCUUUGCCACAUUCUCAGGCCUCUCUCUCUCUCUCUGUAGUGCAACAUCUUUGUCCAGUUCCAAAACCUAUACAGUAAUGCAGUUUACAUUUCCGCACUCAUUAUUUCUGAUUGGUAGAAGUUGUGUCAACUUGAUGGCCUGUAUAUUUGACAACACAAGUGAUAUAUGCAAAUACCACUUGAGAAACCUUCAGUUGACAGGAAAAAAGUUUCAUCUUUCAUUAAUUAAAAAUAGUAAACAUUUAGGCUUGUGGAGAAACCCUUUAAAACACAGCAGGCUUGAGCAGCUUAGAAGCCAGAAAACAGCUUAUUUGUUUCUUGAUUUGUUCAGUUAUUUAGGCUUUUAUUCUGCUUUUCUGUUAAUCCGCUGGACCAAUUACACACACAUGUCAGUUCCCCCUCAAUUUACAAGGAUGUGUCCUGAUUCUUGCUACUUCUGCUUCACAUUAGCCACCAGGAAAGCAAUCAAAGGCCACACAGCCAAGACUUUGCAUUGCAGUGUAAAAGUGUGCAAGCACCAAUCACAUUGCUCACUCAUUGCCUGGAUACUUACUAUGACCCCAGCAGUGGCCUUAUUAGACUGGGAGGUACCCACACAAAGCAGGCAAUCUAUGUGAUUGAUACUUGCAUAUGUUGCUGCUGCUGUGUGCAGCUUGUGGAAAUGUACCCCAUCUCCAGUCCAUGUGUUAGCUUAGCAUCUGCAACGGCUUCCAGUGUAAAUAAAACCCAGGGUUGUGUGGCUGUCACUGGAAUGCCUCCUUUGGGUGUCUUUGUCGCCACAGUCAGCACACAAAUUCCUUUGCAUCUACUCUUAUUAUUCCUGAAGCAUGUUCUGGUCUGAACUGUGUGUUUCUCUUCACUGUUCAGUUUAUUUUGAUUUGAUUUUAAGGGCUUUCUCUGCGGUGGUGCUUUGGUUUACGUAGGCUACAUUCUUCUGGUAUUGCUUUCUACGCUCAAGCAAAAAGAGCCCUCCAUUCUUCAUCUGUCAAAGCCUCUUCUCUGCAGUUCCCAUAGUCACAUAUCCAGAAUUUCAGAGGAGGCUGGCAGGAAGGUCCUGGACUUCUUAGCAGCUUACCUUAACAUUCACAAUCUCUCCCUUACAUUCCUCUACAUAGCUGUUACUCUCAUGACUCUCAUAUCUUCCCAGUACUCUCUGAUAGUAGAUUGCUCAAGAUAUUUAAAUAACCUAUCUUUGCACCCAGCAGACAAGUUACCGUGCAUUCCUCCAGUCCCUCACCCCACUAGUUAUUUUCUUCAUAAUUGAUUCACCCAGAACAAACACUUUGCAUACCCAGCCUAUUGAUGUUUCAUCUUCUGCAGGGAUGUCCUUAUCUGAGGGGAUACUCAUUGUAGCAAACAGGGUGUCCUUGUGGCCUGGGGUUGUUGAGUAAUCCUCAGCAGUUACUGCUCUAAUAAUUGUAUUUAUGCAUUGCUGCUUUAAUCAUAAUAGGAAUUUUAGGUCACAGCCUUUUUUAUUUGCGAAGCUUAGCAUUGAACUCACUGGUAAUACUUGCUUGAGUACAUUGACCUGGUUUUGACUCUGCCUUUAACAAAGCAAUUCGUAGGGAAGAAAGGCCAGAAUGAAAGGAGACUGAAAAUGUUGAGCUCGCAUACUACAUUUAAAAUUAUUAAGCUCCCAGCUAGCUUCACGCAGAAUAGAAAGCUGACAAAUAAGCAGGUUUUUUCAGUGGCACAAUGCCAGAAUGAAAGUGAAUGCAACAGCAACACAUCAUUACCCGUCCUCAUCUUCCAGCAGUUUUGUGCCUUUCUUCUUCCUGUGGGCUUUUGAAGUGAAUCGGCCCUCAUACCUUCCCUUCCAGAGAUUUCUGUUAUUUUGCACAGAACAUUACUUUGUGGAAACACCCUAGGCCAUGACCCCAAAUGGAGAAGUGAUAGGUAUUACAAAACAAAUUUGAAUCCAGCACAGUCUGUGUCACCAGUUUGAGAGGAUUCUGCUGUAAUGUGAGAUCCAGCUGAUCCCUGAGGCGCAGAGCUCUCAUCAAGGGCGAGGUUGUAUGUUUUAGCAGAAGUGAGAGCCUCCCGUGCUUCUGCUUUCUUUGCUGCACUGUAAUUUAUGAACUGGCUAUUGACCAGAUACGGAGCCCAUCACACAGAGAGUCUACUGAGGAUAGUAGCUUAGUAAGCCUUCAUUUUCAGAACAGCUAUCAAAGGGUAUUUCUGAUGCAAAAGGCAAGCUGAGCGACAGUAGCAGGAGUGAAAAGGAGGGGGGAGGGAAGGGGGUGUCCAUAUUGUAAGGUGAAAAGAAAGGGAUGUCUUAAUUGACAGCAUAUUCUAGUCAGUCACCUGCAAGUAACUUGUUCAUAGUGUGCUUUUGACACAUCAAAACCAGUAUAAGUCAGUGUCACAAAUGCACUAUGUGGCUUUCAUUUUCAUAUUUUUUUGGGGGGGGGGGGUUGUAAAUCUGGUGUGCAAUUCAGGAAUGAGUUCCGGAAUUUCCUAUGCUCCGACUUGCACAGAGCUGUGCACAAGUUUCCUCUUGCUCUUUUUCUCUCCGUGUAUCAUAUUGAGUUCACCUGUGCAAAGUGGCCAGCUGCUCUUCACAACUGCUCCUUACAUGAUUGUGUGAGAGACACCAGUUCAGAUUCCGCCAUUCAGAGAUGUAGCCAGCUCCUGUUUGCGUGGCGACUGGAAAAAUGUGCUGCCAUAACAGCAGAAACUGUUGUCAUAAGCAUGCAGACCAGUUGCUCUUGAUGUUUCUCCACAUGAUGCCACAGCCAAGAAGGGAUUAUGUGGACCCGUAAUGAACUGAAGCCAUCCUUUAAAGCAGUGUUUAUCAAGGAACCCUGGAGUUCCUCAGAAGCAUAUCUGGGGCUCCUCAGAAAGAAUAGCAGUGACAAAUGAGCUUCCUUGAAAGGCAGCUCGCUUACGAUUUCCAUUGCAACAGGAACCUUCCCUUGUAGUUUGCUCCCACAGGAAAUGACUAAAUAUGUUUAUGAGGUGCAGCUGCAUGCUUAUUUCAUAUGGGAUGAUGUUGAGGCCCAAAAGGGCCUGCUCAGUGCCCCAUGUGGUCCAAGUCUGUGCCGAGAAUGUGCCCCAGAGGUCUCUUCAAUGCACUGUGGUUUCAUGGCUAAGAGCUCUUUGGCAUACAAGAUAAUGUGAAAAAAUACCCAUUGAAAGCUGGAAAAAUUUCAAGGAGGUAGCUGUUAGGAUGUCUGCCUGCCUUAAUUUUGUUGGAGCUGUGAUUGCAGCCUUGGUGCUAGCCAUAAAAGAAAGUAUUGCUCAGCCUGCAAUAUCUUUCACUUCAGGCAAAGGGGUCAAAACAGGUAAGUAUUUCCUUUCAGGACUGUAGGACAGAGCAGGUAAGUUGGGGGCUGAUGGAAGUCAAAAUGAAGGUGGUAUAAUACAUCUUCAACUCACAAUAUUUAUUGAGUAGGCGUUCUCUGUUCUUGAGGAUGUCUGCUCACCAGGUAGUUACUGCCACCUAGUGACUAUUAAGUCAUUGUCCCAAUAAUAACAACAGAGAAAUAACUGUCCAGUCAAAUUAAUAAGGAGAGCCCUGCUGACCACAGCCUUUUAAAUAUUUUAUUGAUUUUUGUUAAGAAAUACAAACAUAGCAAAAAGAAGAAAACAAAGAAUCAAAAAUCUAAACCACAAAGCGUCAUGGCCUGGAAGGACAAAAGUACAGUGCAGCUCCAAAGGAAUAAAAAAAAUUGACUCAUACAAAGAUUCCCUUUACAGAUAGCAAAGAUAUAUUGAAAUGAAAGUAUUUUCCACCUGUGAGUUCUAUCUUUAUUGGGAAUAAAGGUUCAGUGAAGUCUUAGAUGAGCCAUACAUUUGCGUAUGCUCGUGACACUAAACAACCAUGUGCCUCAAUAUUCGUGUAAGAAAUAAAGAUCUUUCCUUUAGAUGAUUUUUGAUACCAUUUAGACACAUUUUCUGAGUCCACAUCAGAUUGAGAGCUGGUAUUUUAUAUAGCUGUAUAUGCAAAAUGUUUUAAUUCACUCUUGUCGUACUUUAAAAAUGGAGGGUGUAAAAUGCAACCAUUAAGAAUACUAAGCAGAAGAGUUGGUAUUACUGAAGGAGAUGAAUAACAUCAGUUCCUAUAUCAAUUUUUCCUCUUGAUAGUGCGGUUGGUGCUUUCAUGGCAAGUAAAGAUUUAAUUGAAGAACUACUGCAAGGAAAGCCAUUGGAUCUGUCUUUUCAUGGAACUGAUCACUUUAGACAUCAAGUUGGAUUUGUGAAGUUGACUGACAGUGAACAUGCAACCACUCUUUUAAAGAUAGCAGGUAACUCUUUUUAGCAGUGUCACAUAGUGCUCAAAAAGCAUCUCUUGACACCCUGCUAAUGUAGAUUGGUCCUCAUACUCACUUUUAUUUAGGAGCAGCUAACUUUGAAAACUAUCUGAAGAAGUGUGCAUGCACAUGAAAGCUCAUACCAAUAACAAACUUAGUUGGUCUCUAAGGUGCUACUGGAAGGAACUUUUUUAUUUUGUUUCGACUAUGGCAGACCAACACGGCUACCUACCUGUAACUUUGAAAACUUUGCAUAGCUGCGACAGCCUGAUCCUAACAUGUUUAUUGCAAAGUAAAUUUCACAGCAUUCCAUGAAAUGCUUAAGACUGCAUUUGGGCAGGCCAAUCCUGUCAUCACACCACACCAACAUCUGCUGCACCGGCGCUUGCGCAAACUGAUUCUAUUUGUGAUUCUAUGCACUGCUCUUCAGCUCAAAAGAAAACAAAACAAUAGUACCAGAAAUAAGAGUGAUAACAUAGGUGUGCCACCAGCCCCGCAGCACUCCUAACCACUUUGUCUCCAUCCACCUAUCACAAGACUGAUGACACACUCAGACCCAGCUCAGAUGCAAUGGGAAAUGGUGGGUUCCUCCUGUGAGUUGCAGUGAGCCUGCGCUUUGGUCCAAGCUUGUUCUCACAAAUCAUAGUUUAAGCAACCCUAACUUAAGUUUGAAAAUCUUUGGAGCAGUAAAUAGUUUAAAUUUGAAAUUGGACAUUUUCAGUCUCUUCCUUAAAGGUGUGAAGGAGGAGAGGGAAUGUGUGAACCUGAGAGUUCUUGUAGCAGGAAACCAUAGUUUUGCUUAAAGUAUGAAUUGAAGGUACCAGUGCAUGAGUAAUGAUGGCAGGGGUGCUAUGAUGUCACAAACCCAUCUCACAUUCCCUCCCACACAAUGCAUAAGAAUACUUCCAGGAAGAACCCACAGUGUUUCCUUUGUCAGAGACAAUCUCCCAAAAACUGACCAAUCACACAACUCCUUCCUUCUCUCUCCGCCCUCCAUGAAGGUCCUAGCUGUACGUAGUACUCAGGUGAGCUUAGUGGAGCUCAGUGGAGUAAUACAGGUUUACCAUAGAAGGGGGGCUCAGGUUUGAUUUCUUGCUGCAUGAGAAAAGAUUGGAAGGAGCCUGACAUGCACCUGAGAGAGUGUGGUAUGACUGGCGCAUGAAACAGUGACCACACUUGGGUCAUUGUCUGACUCCCACAAGGAAAAAUUGGGUCAGGGUAUAGAUUGGUAUGCUUGGUGUUCACCAAUAAACAUGUUUGUAUUUCCAAUAAGCACAGGGUAAAUAAGUACUUAUAUGUGUUUUGUUUGAAGGAGACCGUGCUCCUACUUGUAUCUGAUGGAAUUGAAUUUUGUCCAUAAAAAGCUUAUGCCAUAAUGAAAUUUGUGUGGGCAGAGUUCCGCGUAGGAGAUUGUUUCAUCAGUGCAAGCAUUUUUGCUCAUCUCCCCUUUGUUCUCCCACCUCUCCACACUGUUCUAGGGAUUCUCCCAACCUUCCAGAGGAGAUUUGGAGGAGGAGUCCUUGCAGUGGUUUCCACUAAUUCAGUGAUGGCCAAACUUGGCCCUCCAGCUGUUUUGGGACUACAACUUCCAUCACCCCUAGCUAACAGGACCCAGUGGUCAGGGAUGAUGGGAAUUGUAGUCCCAAAACAGCUGGAGGGCCAAGUUUGGCCAUCACUGCACUAAUGGAACCAGGUAGUUGACUCCUGCUGGGCCUUUGUCUUGAAGGUGCCUCAAGGCCCUCCUUUAAUUUUGCUACUACUUGAUAGUUGAGAGUUGUUUACCUGCUGCAUUUUUCACACUCAGGGCAAUGGAAGGCAUUCUAUGGUCACUGGAGUGCUUAGGCAGGAAAGGAUUAAGAACGUGGGAAGGUACCAUUGGUCUAUAUAUUUGUCUAUACUGACUGCCAGCAGUUCUCCAGGGUUUCACAGCAGGAAUCUUUCCCGAUCCUAAAUGGAGCCAGGGAUUUUAUGAAUGCAAGCUAUGAAUGAUCCUUUCCCUAGGGAUUGAGGGUGUUUGGGAGUCACACUUUGAGGUGUAGUUUUUCCCACCAGUUAGAUCCUCCCAUUGCCAGCAUGAGGUGUCUUGUCCCUACAGCCCCUGUUUCAGCAGUGGAGUUGAGAUGAUAGGUAGGAGUUUAUAUCUGGAAAUCUGAUUAAGUUCAAAACUUCAGAUAAUUCAUACUUGGAAACAUUUUGACAGAUUUUACUUAGCAGUCUUCUAUUACAGAACACAUAAAUGCCAGAUUUCCAUUAAACAUUAACAUCUAGUAGGAUGAGAUUAAUUGGAUAUUUAUUCAUUAUAAUGAUAUAUAAUUGCUCGCUGUUCUACUAGCUACUAAGUGCAAAUUCUAGCGAGCUUUAACAUCACACUUUACAUUGUAAUUCCACUUAGAAUGAAAAUGCUAGACUAAUUAACAGAUGUGCUAGUAAUUGCUAUGGAUUGCCUUAGAAUCCAGGGGGGAAAAGUUCAUUAUAACCUGCUGAUAGAUAUCACCGAAGUGGCUUUGAAGGGGCAUAUCACAGAUAUAUAAUAUGCUAAUAAAAAAAAGAGUCUUAAGAUCUAUUUCCCCCUCUUGAACAUUUAUGUUGAACAUGACCAUUGGACAGACUAAUUCUAGCUGCAUAGCAGCACAGGAUUGAUAAGAUAUACUGCCACAACUUAAUUAAGAUUAGAAACUCUGAUGCAAAUAAAGCUAUAGACAUUUGAACCUUUUCUUUCACACAUCUACAGUAUAAUAUUGGUUGAAAAUUUAUUUUCUGUAAUCAAAGCAACUUUGACCAAAACAUACUGUAUUUUUUGAACAAAGCAGAAAGGUUGGAUGAUUGACUUAAAUUUAUCCUUAAUUAAGAGAACCCUUCCCAGCUUUAUUAUCAGCAAUGAUUUUGGCACAUGGCAUUCAAGUUAGAAUUCUUUUAAACAUGUGCAGUUACUCCAGAGAUCAGUCAGUGAAAGUAUGAAUGCAUUUUCAAAGUAAGUUUAAAUCCAUGUGAAAUAUUGGUGUAAGGCAAGUUUUAUGUGAAAGAAAUAUACUAUGUUUAUCCGAACCCUGACUUCUUUUGGUUAUUUGCAUUCAGUAAUUGGUCAGGAAUUACAUUAUCGAGGUUUGGCUUCCAUUUUAGAUUAGCCAUAGUUUUAACAUCUAUCUCCAAAAACUUAAUUAUGCUUAAUUUUAAUUAUGGAAUGAAAACAAGUCAGCUUUAUAAACUCUAGUUUGUGGUUGGUUGGUUGGUUGGUUUGUUUCCUCUAACCAAGAAUUAGCAUUACUAUAGGUCUAUCAUAAUAUUUAAGAUACUCGACUGCUGUGGGUUUGGACAUUACAACAAGCUGUGAUUAGCUUAAAACAGAAGGAAAAGUUUUUGAACUUCUUGUCACACUGGAGGAGAUGGGCAAUGUUGAGCCUGAAGUUUUCCACAACUCAAUGUUAAGUCUUAUCUGAGAAUGCAGCUUUUGGGGGGUUCUCCCAUGCUUGUCCUGAGCCUUGUAUUUAACCGCAGGAACCAGAGUGCUGAGUCUGAUCCUAUUUUCUUCCACUGUAGCGGAAGCAAUGGAGUCAUUUUAUUUAUUUAUUCAUAAAUGUAGCUAAGAUUUCAGAUUCCAGAGCUACUCUAAAGGGAGGGAAAAGGGAACAAAAGUGAAUGUUGCAUAGGAAAACAGAGACCAGACAAUCUGUUAAUGCGUUUUUAUUGAAAGAAAUUUAACAAAAAGAUCUCAGUGCUGAAGAAAUGCCUGGAGUUUGUCAUUGUCCUUUUAGACUGUAUCCCAAAUUCCAACCGUUUCUUGGAAAAGGUUUCUUUUAAGACAUUAUUAGAGGCAAUGAAUGAUCUUUUGUGUUCUGAGGAAUGUGAAGUCAUACCAUGCCUGAACAUUGCGUGACUCAUAUUAAGGCAUUCAUCAAAGUUGCAAAGGCCACUGCCAUCUUGGUUAUCUUCUACAUAGCCUUAUAUAGCAUGCACAAGCUUUCUCUUUAACCCUGCUCUUUACGAAUAAUUAGUCUAAAACCUGUAUUUUUUCACAGCACAGUUGAAACUUACAGCAAAUAUUUCUGUGUUGUCUCAGCUCCAUUCUUUUUGUUUGGGGAGCCUAUGCCUUUGGCCCUGUAUUUCUGUUUAAAUUACAGUAGUUAUUUGUAACUAUGCAUAUGCCAAUUUUUUGGUGAUGCAUGUCAACUAUUUUGGCCACGAGUAAGUGACCACUCUAUCAAGGCUUAUGCAUUUUGCUUUUGCCACUGUAUCCUCAAUCAGCAUUCAUAUCAACUCACAGUGGGAUAUUCUAGAAAACACAAGACUGGUGCACUUAUGAAUCAAGAUCUAGCUUCAAUUUGUGUUUCUUUCAUGUGGAGUCAAUUUCUGGCCUAGUUCUCUUGCUUAAUAUUAACAGUGGUUCAUGGUUACAUGUUUACUGACAGUGACCAUGGGUAACACUAAGUAUGAUUGCUUUUUGAAGCCUAUUUUUCCCCAUUAUUUGAAGCAGAUUUGCAAUCCAUGGUGACAAGGGAACCGAGGGGGAAUUAACUUCAGGAAAAAGAGAGUAGGUGGGUGGACUUCCUGUUUUCCAGGCUGUAUUCUCAUUUGCAGUCAGUGGAUUAAAGAUCAGAGACAUCACCUUGCUGACAAAGGUCUGUAUAGUUAAAGCUAUGGUUUUCCCAGUAGUCAUGUAUGGAAGUGAGAGCUGGACCAUAAAGAAGGCUGAUCGCCGAAGAAUUGAUGCUUUUGAAUUCUGGUGCUGGAGGAUACUCUUGAGAGUCCCAUGGACUGUAAGAAGAUCAAACCUAUCCAUUCUUAAGGAAAUCAGCCCUGAGUGCUCACUGGAAGGACAGAUCCUGAAGCUGAGGCUCCAAUACUUUGGCCACCUCAUGAGAAGAGAAGACUCCCUGGAAAAGACCCUGAUGUUGGCAAAGGAGAAGGGAACGACAGAGGACGAGAUGUUUGGACAGUGUUCUCGAAGCUACUAACGUGAGUUUGACCAAACUGCGGGAGGCAGUGGAAGACAGAGGUGCCUGGCGUGCUCUGGUCCAUGGGGUCACGAAGAGUCGGACACAACUAAACAACUAAACAACAACAACAAGAAUUACUUUGGCAUGCUACUACUUUUUUUUUGCGGAGUGGGGUACUUUUCUGAAAUGGAAACAAUGUGAUUGCUAAUGUUUUCUCCUGUAGGCAAUUCAUUUUACAAGGCCCAUUUAAUCAUUUUUUAAAAAUAACCAGAAAAAGAGUUGACCAAUGCAGCAGAAUAAAAACAAAGGUAACAACAAAAUACCUCUGUAGGUUUAGGAUAGGUUCAUAUUUCACAUUGUAUGCUGAACAGAAAUAUUACUUACUUAAGGAAGAGCAUUUAUGUUCAAAACUUCUGCAUCCAUUGAUCUUCCUUUGCAAUUUAAUAAUGUGCACCAUGGGUCUUCGCUUUUGACAGAUAUUUAUUUAUUGUAAAAAUUCAUUGAACCUCUGUCAUCUUUCCACCUCCUUUCAUAUACACUGUACUAAAUCAGUAUAAAGAUGGAUAAGAAGACACUUGUUGGAUUAGACUAAUGGCCCGCGUAGUUCAAUAUCCUGCCUUUUACAGUGGUCAGCCAGUCUUCUCCCAUUGUUGCUUCCCAGCAAUAAAUACUUGGAGACAUAGUGAACCUAGAUGUUGCAUAGCUAGUAGAUAUUGUUGGAUUUAUGUCCAUGAAUUUGUCUAAUUCCCUUUUAAAGCUUUGGUAUAGCAUCUUGUGACCACAUCCACAUCUUGUGGUAAUGGUAAAUACAUAACAUACCCAAACUCUCACAUGGGACAAGUUGGUUCAUUAUGCAGACAGAGGCGUGCAGGCAGCAUUGGAAUUUGUGACUAAGUAAAGCAAAUGUUUGACCUUAAAACUGGACAAUAUGACUUAGCUUUACAACAAAGACUAAAUUAUUUUAGAAGGACAGUCAAUAUAAUCCCUCACAUUUCUUUCUAUAUUUGUUUUGAUUUAUUAAGCACUGUUAAAGAAUAACAAUUUUUUCAAUGAACUUAUUUUUCAUUUUUUUAGAUGAAAACUAGCAUUACACAAAACUAGCAUCACACAUGCCCUAAAACCUACUGCUUGGCAGCUUUUUGUGUGUUUUAGUCAUUGUAUAAUGUGUAAGGGCACCUCUUGUUUACCGCAUUACUCUUCUUUUCAAGUAAAGUUUUGUGAGUGAGCAUGAUACUAUGAAAAGGACCUACAUUCUCCAAGGUUCUUGGGAGAUUCAGUGCACUGAAUAUGGAUAGAUGCUUCCAUUAGACCACCAUUCCUCAACCUAGCACCUUCCAGAUGUUUGGAAUUGCAUGGUGACUUGGGCUGACCAGAGAUAUAGUUGAAAACAUAUGAAGGGUGCUAAAUUGGAGUAGGCUAUCUUAGUCAGUGCACUGUUUUGCUAAUUUUCAGGAUUAUAUAAUUUUUUAUUUAUUCAGUGGCACAAUGAAAUCAAUGUCUUCACUUCCUUGGGCAGUUAAGCCAAUUUUCUCCUCCUUUUAUUUCCUCUUCUGUCUCUAAAUCUCCCCCCACCGGCGACAUCCAUCUUCCUUGUUCUUGCUUCAUCUCUCUCCAUCACUAUCUUUUUCUGCUUCAUUUGUUGAGGAAUGGUUGUGCUGUUGAUGGUGUGAUCUAACUCAAGACAGGUUGAAAACCAACAGAUGAAGAUGAAUUACAUGUUGCAUGCAGUAGGUUCUGGAAUGCCAGAAUUGUUAUUCAUGAUUCACUGUUGAGCUAUGGCUGGAAGUAUAUAUCUUAUAGGGAACGUGUGUCUGCCAACAAAAGUAUCAUCUCAGCAUUCCCUCCUCCUGUAAAUCUAGUAAAAGAAAAUUUGUGGCAUGGUUUCCACUUGAGUUCAUUGGCUGCUGCGAGGGAUGUCCAAAAAUUCCACUCUAAGUGGACACAGAUUAGAAAUGCCCUUUGUCUGUGUUCGUGUAGUGCUCAGGACUGGAAUUCCUUGGAAGUGAAUGUGGUCUGCAUUUGUUCACAGCAGGGUGGGGGUUUUUUAAGUUCAUAGAUUAUAUAUAAUUAAUAUCAUAUUUUUUGACAUGCUGCUUUCUUUGGCAUUUCCUAACACUUAUAAUGUAGCUCAGUAGAUGUUUGGAACCCUGUGAUGAGACAGCUUAUUGAUGAGCCAUUACCUGCUUCAUUUAUUUUGAAAGAGAACAUAUGUGGAAUAAAUGACACAAAGUAUUUGCUUUGGCUGAGAAAGGUGCUGUCAAGGUGUGAGAAAGUCAUUUAUGUAUUCAGGUUGUUGCCAAAGGAGACUAGGACUGCAGGCCUAUACAUGUUGUCUCAGAAGUAAAUACAAUUGAAUUUCAUGAGACUUACUCCCAGGUAAGUAGGGUUAGGAUUUUAGCUUUCAUUUGCUUCCUAUUGUAAAUUAUAAAAACCAGUGGGGUGCAUCAUUCAUUCUCCUUCUUCUAACAUGAAAAAGUGAUCUCGUUGCCUAUGGGUCUUACUUGCACUCCUCCAUUAAGGUGCUAACCUGUUUGUCAAGCGGGAAGAACCAUCUUGAUUUGACUUCCCAGUUUGACCACCCCAAACCUAUGUUUUAAAGUAAAACCCCUUCCACCAGGGUUUUCUUGACUUGUAACUAAACUAACCCUCACCAGUGCUGCAGUAAGCGAAAUGAGAUUGGAUGACAAGUUUAUUCUGAACUAUGAAGUAAACCCCAAUGAAUUCAAUUGACUUACUUAUGAGUAGACUUGAUUAGGCUUGCAACCAUUGAUAGCUUUGUGAUGGGCCAUUAGCCAUUUAAUUAACUUAGUCUUCAAGGUACCACAAGGCUCUUUGUUGUUUUUGCUGCUGGAGGCUACCCCUCUGGAAAUUCAUUAGUUAUGGAAAAAAAAAACAACACACACAAGGAAGGUAACAGAUUUGUAAAUAUCUGCGUUGGCCGAGAUAUACAAGUUAAAUCAGAAUGUAGUAUUGGAGUGGAUUGAGGUAUGCUUGUACAUCCCUAGCUGUUAUUUGUAAGGGGUGUGGAAGUUCUCAACACAAUGACAUCAUAUCACAUGUUUUCUGUUAUGAGAUAUUAUCGGGGAAUGGGAGGAAUAGAUGUACAUCUACUUCUUUUAGAGGCAACCGCACAGGAUCCAUGUUGUCUAGUUCCAUUGUAGGGAUAUGCGAAUGAAACUUUUUAAAGUUUAUUCUUUCUACCAUGUAAGAUGAGAAGUGGGUUUGCAUUUUUUACUAGUGCCACACCGUUCUCUGGUAGAAUAACAAUAUAGCUUAUGACAGAAGCAAGAACAGGAAAUUAGAGAUUUUUAAGACCAGCCAGCAACCAGACCUUCUGAAUCUAAUUAGAUACUAAUCUCAUACAGGGAUUGUACAUGGCAUCAACAACAUCUGGGUUUUCCAGAGAGCCUGUACAUAAUUCUUGGCAGCAAGUCUCUAAACCAUUUCACACAGAGUUAAAAGCUCAGUCGCAGACCAGGCAGGGCCUCGGUAUUUAUGCAAACUGAUUAAUUAUUACACAGUGCAGAUCAGUUGAGCUGUUUUAGUAACAUGUUGUUAUCUACUAGAAGCAACAAGUUGCAAUGGUAUCAAAAUUGUAAUUUGGAAGUGGUCAGAUGAAGUAAGCCUCUUUUUUUGCUGUUGUUAGUCAUCUGUCCUGAUGGUUUUCCACAGAUCAGUUGUAUGCUGGCAAGACCAAGAGUGUCAGAUUAGAUCAUCUGGCAUUCUUUUUAUUUUGUUUGUAUUGUUUCCUAAAUGAGCUCAUCUGAAAGAUAUAACAUUCUUUGUACCAUUAUGACCACUUUAUUUCUCAGCGCUAGGAGAAGUGCUGAUUUCCUGAAAGCAGAUAGCUCCAUAGGUCAUUAACUGGAACAGAACAAUGAAUUGUACUAAAAAAAAGAAAAAUAGUCAGUGGCAAGCAACUUCAGUACUGAGAAACAACAGCAGAACACAGAAUGGUUAUCCUGUAAAAUUCAGACUUUGCUUGAGAGUCCAACUGUUCAGAGACAGAGAACUGGUGUUCUGGCCACAGGAGGGAGCCUAUAUUUCAUGAACAGAGCAGCACACUUUUAAAAGCAGCUCCAGAGGGUGAAGAAAGAUAAUAGAAAACAGAUCAGUUUUACUGUUUUCUCUCCUUUGUCAUAGGAAAAAUAAUUUCCUUUUCAUGAGGACAAUAUGCAACAAGCCGCUGAACAUGGGAAUUACCUUUAUGAGUGUUUCAUGUGGAGAGUAGAUUAAUUUAUAUUGCUUUACUUUGUCACAUACGUUGUAUCUUGGAACAGUCCACUAUGGAAAGAACUGCCUACACUAGACCAGAUGAAGAACCCAUCUAGUGGAGCACUUUGGCCCACCUGAGAUGUGACAACAAACCAUGGCUUGUUCCAAGCAUGAGUAUACAUUCCCUCUUCCUUCUGCUUCAUGUGUGAGGGAUGACUGAAAGCUUCCACUUCCUCUUAAGAAUAAACUAUAGCUAGCACACCAGGAUAUCACACUAUGGUUUGAUCCUGGUUUGUUUCAAUUUACAAAGGGAGAAGACUUAUGUCAGGAACCCACACAAUUUUCCUGAUCCAAAUUAUUUUCGCUCCUCUGCAUGGGUCAAAAGUGCCAUUGAAGCAAGAAUUUGGCAUCUUAUUUCUAUGAAUAUUGGUUUCACUAUUUUGAUGUGCAUGUUUCACUAAUGGCACUGUAUUUACCGUAAACAUAUAAGAAAUGGGUAUAAUAUCAGCGCUCAGAAAUUAUAUCUAUUUUCUUAAUCAGUUGCAAUUCCUCAAAUUGAAGCUGCUGGUAUUUUAUUUCUUUAAAAGCAAGUGGAACUUAAUUUCUUCAGGUUGGUAUCCCAUAUUAAUAAAACAGGACAGAAACAGAGCGACCUGAGAGUCUUCUACAUUAAAUAUACAUUAUUGUAUGCCAUUUUGGUCAUUUAUACUUCAGUGAGUAUAACACAACAGAUGGAAUAUUUAAAUAUAUUCAUGACUGUAGUGGAACAUAUAAAAAAGUAAAAUGCUUAUGCAGGUUUGGUAGAACAGAAACCAGAAGAAGUAUAUAUCUAGUACAUUAAUAAUUAAACCUAAAUUAAAAGAAGCUUCGUGGUAAAAUUAUACUGCUAAUAUAUUUUUGGCAAGAAAAUAAGGUUAUAGGGAGAUUUAAGUGAAUAAGAAUCAAUUAUCCCAAUCAGAAGAUAUAUAUAAUUUGAUUCUGUUAAAUUACUUCAUCAUUUUGGUUUAUAUUUUAACUUGGGAUGCUGGAUAGUAAAAUUUUAAUUUGGUUGUUUUUUUAAAAGUAUCAUUACAUAAAACUGUGUAAAUGCAUCAUAUUGAAUUCAUUGUGUCUUCUCUACUGUAAAUUGUUAUUGAACAAUUUAUUUACAGUAUAAUCCACCAACAGCUGCAGGGCCCCUACACUUCCCCCUUUCCAAAGCUUGCUCAGGCUGAGUCCUGGCAGGUCCCAGACAUUCCUGCGAUAGCACAGUGGGGUGACUGUGCAACAUCUGUUGUUGCUGUUUGCAGCUGUUCAGAGUAGUUACAACCAUUUCCACUCAGGUAUUGGAAGCUCAUAAUUCCUGAUUCUCCAUUAGAUACAGUGGCUUUGUGGAUAGUAUAUGGACGCUUGAGUUGUAUGCUGUCUCAGAGCCCAGAGAGGUCUGGGACUUGCCGGGUUUUGAGUGCCUGGUAAACAAAUAUAGUAUCCUAUACCCAUCUAGUAAACCACUCUGGACCCUAUUUCAUACCAGGAAAAUGAAAACACAGAAUAAAAUGUUAGCAAAUAUAUCUGUGUUGAGGGCUGGCUUUUAGAAGAAUGGUGACAAGAGAAAAGAGCAGAGUUGUAGGAGAGUAGAGAAGCUCAGUUUUGCCACUGAAUCAACCAUAGGGGGUGAUUUAUUGUUCUUGGAAGAACAAGUUGGGGAAAGAGCCAUGCUGAAAUGGAGUAGCUGAGAGCUGAUUUGCUUUGCUGUUCAGCUUGUGGACAUUGGUUUUCAAUCUAGUUGCUGGAGUCUGAGCUGGUUGUAUGGUAUGCACAUGACCAGCUCAGCCUGUGGCAGUGCAUCUGGGAAUCAGCAUGGGCCAACUCAAAACUAGAGCCACCCUGGGGUGAAAUGGUUGUGAAAUAGGCCCAAGAUAGCUUAUCAAGGUAGAGCACAUUGACUUUGAAAGUUGAUAAGCAGAGAGGCACUGGAAGGAAAAAACAGAGGGUUGCCUAGAAAAGCUAUUUAACUGGCAAAUCCACAGGUCAAGGCACAUGUGGAGUGGUGAGGGUGAGAAAGUAUCUCAUGAAUCAUCUGUAAGUGCAGGACUAGGGACGCUAUUGUCGGACUACAUUGCGGUAAGACAGUUAUUUCUUAUGCCUUAUUCCUUAUCUUAGACUCCAUUACAGACUUGAAUUUGUUUCAUUUUGUUUCACCCAUUAGUAAUGCAAUAGGGCACGUAUUCAGGUUCUAAUAUGUACACUUGUUAAUGCUCUGACCUUCAAUGAUGCAUCACAAUUCUAAUUUCUGAAAUUCUGACUGGGUUCUGUUUUGAGAAACAUGCCUAAUUUCUUCGUUUUGAAAUUAUUGGAGAGUAAUUACUGACGCAUUUCCUGAGUAAACUUUCCACAAGGAAAUGGACAUCCCCAGUAAUUUCUAACAUUGAUUAUAUGUUUUUCAAGCCAUUUGAAAUGGCUGUUUGCCUCUCAGCAUGUGGCCUCCAUACAAAAUCAAUACCAAAUGAAGCUCUGACUCAUUCGUUAUUGAUCUGUCUAUGCCAUUAUUCAACUCUUGGGACUGCAUUUUUGCUUGAAAUGCAAACAAAAGUAUUUUCUAAUGUAUAUACAAAUCUCUGGUUCUUAAGAUAAGAGCUACUGGGGAGGUUAUACUUUGGGUACCAUCUACCAAUGAAAUAAAUAAAAAAGGAUCUGUCAAAGCAAGGAGUAGGGCCUUCUCAGCAGUAGUGUCCCAGUUCAAUAUUUCCUUUCAGGGGAAGGCUCCCCAAAGAUUGCACUUAAAUUUCUUUUUAGAGACCGCUUAAAACAUUUACCAAGAUGUUUAUAAUUUAAACUUCUGAGUUAUUGUUUCUGUUGAUGGGUUAUUGAAGCAGAGAGGUGUUUGCUAGAUCUUUUGCAUAUUUUGUGCAAAUUACUUGUUGAUUUCUUUAAGUGUUUUUUUUUUUAAAUCAGAGUUUUUAGUUGGAAAGGGAAGUGAACAAGAAAUUUAGUAAGUAAGAGAUUCAAGUUACUGUAAUUUAAAACAAGGAUGGCGGUAGGUGGAUUGGAUGUGGGUUCCUGAAAUGCUGUAUCUUUAUCUCUCACCACCACUGUCCCUGUUUAUUUAGUUUCACAUGGAUGAAAAAUAAGCAAUGACUCUUCAUGGAUGCUCCAUAUAAACAACAUUUUAUUGCUAAGUGCUUAUUCUGGAGUUGCAGUUUCCAGCUUGCCUACUGAGUAUAUCUUUCAUAAAGCACAUACAUUCCCCAGCCUGCUUCCCUCCACUGUUGACCCCCUCCUGCUUGAGCACCUAUAUUCCAUACCAGAGGUGCCCUUAGUGCUGCUAGGUAGCACCAGCUUUACAACAGACCAUCUGAGGGGACUGGAUUAUUUCAACCUCUUGGGUGAGAGUUUAGAAAACAUAGAGGCUCCCUAACAUACAGAAUUUGGCCAUCCCUGAUUUUGCUAGGAUUUCAGUAUUCCACAGACCAAAACCCGGACACCACCACCAUUGGGGCACCCCCCCCGCCGCUCAUCUCCGCAGCUCACCCCCUCCUUUAGGGUUGCUGGCACCUGGGGAGGGGUUACGGGAGCUGAUGCACUGAGAAGGAGAGAGGAGAUGGAAGGAAGAGAGCAACAUCGGGGGGCACUGGGGAGGGACGUGGAUGGCAUGAGGCAGCCCUGCGCUGAGAAAGAGAGAGGGAAUGGAAGGGAGAGAAAGAGAAAGAGAUAAACAUCGAAGGGCACUAAGGAGGGGCACGGCUGGUGUGAGCUGACCCCCACUGCUGGCAGGAAAGAAAAGCGACCCCCCAGACAUUUUUGCAUAUUCUAAAAAAACAAAACCCUGUCAGAGAUUUUUACCCCUGAAAACCGGACAUGUCCAGGAAAAUCCGGACAAAAGGCAAUCCUAAAAUUAUAUACGGCGUUUCUAUACAGCUUUCUAAAACUUUAAAUCUGUUUCUUUCCCUGAAAACAGUUCCUGCUGUCAGUAAUUCAUUGCAACUGGAAAAGUUAAUUUUAGAGGCUCUUUGGGGGAAAAAACAUUAAAGUAUCAUUCUGAUAAGGGAGAAAUGGAACAUAGGAAGCUGCCUCUAAGGUUGGAGGUCCCUAUUUUAUGAGUGGGAUUGAAAGUGGCUUGCCUGAGGUCACCUAGUGAGCUCAAAGUAGUGGCAGGAUCUGAACCAGACUUAUGGCUCUGUCUUACUGCCCCUAGGCUACACGGGUUGUCUAGAGAGCUACCAUCCUGGUCAACAUCUUAUUUGGUGUUCACUUCUCUCAUACCCAUACCAGUCACAUAUACCCUCUAUCUCUUUGAGUUGAAUCCAACAAAGUCGUCCUCAAAGUAUGGACUUGUGGCAGGGGAGGAAAGGGAUAAAAACCCUCUCCACAUGCAGUAGCUCCUGCAAAACUCUAUAGAAAAGAUUUGAAUAUUGAAGUUAAGGGCAUGUAAUUUCAACAUUUGCUGUGGCAGUUGGAAACAAAUACAUAUUUUAAUCUUUUUUUUCUUGCGUGUACCGGGGUGGGGGUGGCAGCUAACCUGUGGUCCUGCAGUUAUUGUUGGUGUCCAGUUUCCAUCACCCCCUGCCAACAUGCCCAGUAGUCAGGAAUGAUGGUCCAUCUGCAGAGUCACAGGUUAGCUAACCUGGUUUUGCUCAGGAUGCAAUACUCACAGUGUCCACUUGGAAAGUAAGUCCUGUUAAAUUCAAUGGUGUUUACUAACAGGUAAGUGGGGACUAGGAAAGCAGCACUGGUUGUAUAGAUUUCUUAAGUGGAUAAUGCCAGUCGGGUGUGCCCACCUCUGCACUCCUUUCCUCUAGAGCAGUUUAGUCACUUGGUGAAUCUGCCUUCUGUAUGUUUCUCAUCUUCAGCGCGAAAACUCACAUCUCCCAUGGUCUUUUUCUUCUUUUAAUGCUGUAAGCAAUCUACACCCAGAAGCAAGGCCAAACAUAGUAAUAGAGAUGUAAUAUUGUACCAUUGGCACAAAACAAUAUUCUUCUUAAUCAUCCUGGAGAUUCCUAAAUGACUUACUUUUGCUGUAAAUACAGCUGCUGAUAAACACAACUAAACGGCACAUUCCAUUGACAUUUUUCAAGUAGCAACAUUAAUAUAAAUACUGAUUUCUUUUUAACAUAAGUUUGAUAUGCUGCAAUCUUGAGAUACCACAAACAUUAUUCUGAAAUGAGUUUUUAAUAUCACAAACUAAAUUUAUCCGAGUAGUGCCUCUGUAAAGGUUAAUGAAGCAUGCAUGUAGCCCAUUAUCUUUAAUAUGAAAACUCUUUAAUAGAAAACAAUUAUGUGAGCUUUGUCAUUGUUAUUAUUCCCCUAGGAUGAAAAGACUUAAAUGAAGGGAAUCAAUUGCAUCUUUAUGUAUAUUUUUGAAAUAAGUAUGAUUACCUUUAUUUUCUUCAUAUGAAGAGGCUUACAAAAUAAACGUCCUUCUGAAAUUGAUCAUUGCCUGAGUUAUUUUCAGGUUCUUAUGCAUGGGUUUAAUCUUUUGAAGAACCUCUGUGUAUCUGCCACUGAAGCCUGUACAUUGUAGAUUAUUUAGGAGUGGAGGUGGGGAGGGCAUGUAAGGAAAUAUUGCCACUUUGCACAAGGUGCCAGUCAGUCCUUUUGGACCUAGAAAAGACUCAACUCUUCACCCCUUCCUCAGGAUAAACUCAAACGGUUGGAAAUGUAUUUCUGGAAACCUUUAAGUUUUCUGGGGUUUUUUGUCAAACAACAUAAGAACACAAUCUGAAAACUCCACUCUUCCCAUAUUGCCUUUUUUAAAAAAAAUAUGUGAUUGGCAGAAUUCAGUCUGUGCAAUGAUUUUUUUCAAUUUUUUUCACAGUUCUUCACUAAAGUAGAAUAAGCAUUGACCCUGCUGAUUUGGGAAAACAGAGCUUCAGUUCUUUUAACUCUUACAUGUAGAGAUAUUUAUGCUAAUUCAAAGUAGGUUUAUUUCCAAUGACAACCAAACUGCUUUUUUAGGGUUGCUAAUCAGUCAUUUUAAAGACUUUUACAGACUGGUGCAGCAAUCCACCUUCUGAUAACAGCCAUUUUUAGAUUUCUCCUCCUCUUUGAGCAAGCUUUUGUUUAGUGCCCCAGCUCCACCCUUUCCUAUGUUUGUGGGACAAUAAUCAGCAGCUGUUCCUCUAAGGACUUUUUGUUUGACAACACACACCUCUUAAUCCUUUUAGGGAUCUACAUGGUACCAGAAGGCCAUAACAGCCAGAUUUAUUUUUCUGACUUCUUUGCUUUUAAAAAAAUUAAAAUCAGGAAGCUCAAGACAAAGCACAGUAACACAAAUAUUUUUUGAUCUCUCACAACCCUUUUUCAUUUGGUAAUAAUUAGCUUCACAUGGUAGAAAGUGGCGUAUUAACAUCAGACUAGAUGUUAAUAAGGUGGAAAGCUCCCAUAUAUGGCGAUAGACUCCAGAAGCUUUACCCAGAUGUUGGCCCCAGACUUCAGUAGGUGCACUUAUCAAUAAUUCCUGUGCAGACUCCGAACUAUAUACAUGGUCAGAAUCAGUAUUAUACUGAUAAUACCAAUCACUGCAUGUUUCGCUUAACAUUUGUAUAGGAGCUCUCGUGCAAAGAGAUCAACAAGAAAGAAAUCAGUAUGAGUUAGCACAUGUUGUACUACAUGUAUUGAUUUUAUAUGUGUAUACAAAUUGUAGAGUUGGAAGGGACCUCUAGGGUCAUCUUUCAACCCCCUGCAAUGCAGUAAAAAGUAUCCAUAAGAAUACACAUACAUGAAUUUGUUGAAAUAAAAAAUAAUAAUUGUCCAGUAGCACCCUUAGAGACCAACUAAGUUUGUUCCGGGUAUAAGCUUUCGUGUGCCAUGCACACUUCUUCAGAUACCUUGUCCAAUACAGAGCAUUCCUCCUUUAUUUGCUUCUGUUUAGAGUACAGAACGCUGAUCAGAUGUUUGAGCAGCUUCUUGGAGAGAAUGUGGCAUAGUUUCUUUACAUAGUCAGUAGAAUAGGUGGAUUGUAGAGGGUUCUUAAUUCUAAGACCCUUAGGUAUAAUGUCCAGGUUGUUGCAUUUAGUCAAAAAGGAGAUAUCAGUCUGUACCUGUGCAAGUUUCUUUGUGAGGUUGAUGGACUUCCAUUUCAUGCAGUUCAUUGUGGUGCCUUCCAUGAUUCUAGAUUCAGGUAGGUAGCUGUGUUGGUCUGACGCAGUCGAAAUAAAUUAAAAAAUUAAAAAAUUGUCCAGUAGCACCUUGUCCAGUAGAGACCAAUUAAGUUUGCUUAUACCCAGAACAAACUUAGUUGGUCUCUAAGGUGCUACUGGACAAUUUUUUAAUGAAUUUGUUGAAAGCCAAAAUGCAUGUUACUGGCAGUGCUUAGAACUGAAUCCAGCUUUCUUAACAUCUUUGAAUGUCACUGCUUUCUUUGCAUGGAAGGUUUGUAUGGAUUUACAAUAUUUUCAAGCAAUUAAUUCGAACAGAGAAGUGCAUGUCUGUCAACAGGUGUUGAUGGGAAAUACCAAUAAUUCAUAGGUAUUAAAAUAAGUGUCCAGUAUUGAUCUGAUACCCUUGGAGCUUUUUUUUUAAUUUUAUUUUUUAAAAAACAACCCAACAACAACACCACCCAGUGGUGAUUAUGGCAGGCUGAUAGAAGCCCUUUGUUGAGUUUUUCUUUUUAAACUAUAUUAUAGUUAUAACAAGCAACCAACACACCCCUUCACGCCAAAAUAAUAAUACAACCAGCCUAAGACACUAGAUCAGUACAAAAUAACAAGAAACAGCAACCCCGUAUGUACUCAAAUUUAAUGCUCACUGUUUUUGGCUAAAUUAUGUUGCGAAAAUUAAGGUGCACAUUAGAUGCAAUGCCACAUUUACAUUCACCAGCUAAUACUUCUUUGGUUUCAAGGUUCUGAAAAUUGAGGUACGCAUUAGAUUUGAUGGUGCAUUAGACUUGAGUAAAUAUGGUAAAAAAAAUACUCAACACAAUAAAACCAACACCUCAUCGCAACUGAUCCUGCUAGUCUAAAUGCCACAGUGUAUGUUGUUUUACUGGCUAUCAGUUACAUAGUUCUGUUAUGUUCCACUGGUACAUCAGUGUGAGUCAACAUUGCUAUGCCUAGAACAGCGUUGACCUGGCAAACUUUAGUCUUAGGUGGUACAAAUUUGGGCAGAAAUGAAUUGUGACAGAUGUAAAACAACACAUGUAAGCAUCACCUUGAGGGCUUUUUACCUGAUACAAAGCUAUGUUAGGAAGGUGGGUUUGUUGCACUAAUGAGCAUAGCAGAUUGGCUCUUUCCAUUUAAAAAAAAAAAUGCAAUUUUAAAAAUGUGUAUCUAGUUUCAAGUGCGUAAUUGUGUGGUUUGCUUGUAAGUUUAAAUUAGACUCUGUCUGAAAAUUUGUUCUCGUUUCUGUCUUGUUUUAUCAUUCAUAAUUUUAUCAAACUUUAUAGUCUGCACAAUGUUUGGAAUUUUAAAAGUUUCUCCAUUUGUGCCUACCUAGAUAUUGUGAGGAAGAUAUUUAAAGAAAAGGGCAUCGUCACAGGAGAUGAUAAAGCUUUUAAGCCUCACUUGACCUUCAUGAAGCUGUCAAAAUCGCCAAAACUACGAAAACAGGUGCAGUCACUUUGUACAUCACAAUAUCUAUACAAAUGGUGGGGGAAUGCUAUGACUUUUAAGAAAUUGUACUGUAAAGGAGGUUCAAAUUUCCAAACACAGUAACCCAGAAGUUAAGUAGUGAUUCUUAAAAAUACAGUGGUACUUUGGUUUAAGAACAGUCCGGUUUAAGAACGAUUUGGUUUACAAACUCCGCAAAACCGGAAAUAGUGUCCCAGUUUGAGAACUUUACUUUGGUCUAAGAAUGGAAUCCAAACAGUGGAAGGGCACCAGUAGCAGGAGGCCUCAUUAGGGAAAGUGCACCUCGGUUUAAGAAUGGUUUUGGUGUAAGAAUGGACUUCCAGAACGGAUUAAGUUCGUAAACUGAGCUACCACUGUAUAUAUUAUUUUGGGCAGUAUCCAAGGCAUUUGUUCCAUUAGUGCAAGAAUUCUCCCUCUAUGCCCUCCCCAAAUCUGUUCCAGAGGGUUGGCUGUGUGGCAAACUCCCUGAAUAUUGAUGGGGGCAAGAUAAUGUGACAGUGUUUUGGGUGAUUUAAAAGUUAGACACUCCUGUCAGUAAAGCUGGAGAAAGAUUUUCUGCAUGUGGUAGCAUUUACUAAUAUCCAGCAACAAGAACUCUUAAUGUGAAAUGAAAAUCUGUGACCACUUAUUCACCAACCAGAGGAUCAAAGUAAGGAUGAGGCAUGUUGGAAACCAAACUGGAAUUUUUAAACACACUCAAUGAGGGUUACAGCUUAAUGGUUACUCUGAUAAGAUACAGCUCUUAGUUUUGGUCAAAGCCACUUUAGAGAAGUUUUAUUUUAAAUCUGUUUCUAAUUAAACUGAUUCCUCCUGGAAUGGUUAUUUCUUCUACUAUGCUAGUAAAACUCUCAUGCAAAUGUCCACACUGAAUUGCAACAAUUAAAUUAUAUCUCCUCAGUGUAGUGUAUAAACAUUUAAAGUAUUAUCAUGAUUUAUAUUAGCCAAUUUCUCCUGAAUGUGUUCUGAGGCUAUAGAUAAUAAUCUGCCAAAUUUCUUUCCUUUAUAAUAAUUCAACAUUGGUUGUGUAGCCUGUUUUAGGUUUUUUUUAGAGUAUAAUAAACAUACUUAAGGCAUACUUAAGUUCAUAUUUAUUCUUUUUUUAUAUUAUUCAACAAUAAUUUGUUUAAACAGUAAAGAGAAAGUUUAUGUAAAACUGAACAAUAACAAUGAAUAGAACUUAGAACACAAAUAUAAUAUUUUAAUAGGCUUAUUUAAUUUUACCUAAUAAACAAUUCAAUUAUUUAAAGUAAUUUAUUUUUCUUAUAUUUAUUAGUAUUAUGCACCUGAAGAUGUAUGCUUCUCUUUCAAAUAAUCUUUCCAAAUAUCGCUUAUUGUUACUAUAGAAUUUCUUCAUUACCUAAGUAAUGCAGUGAAGGCCAGAGAGUUGUCUAAAGAUCCCUAGCAGUUUUCUCUCCUAGGACAUGAGCACUUUCAAGCAUCCUUUUCCUUCUGCCUUUCCCAAGGCAUUUCUGCCACUACAUUGUGGUAGUGUGUCAAGCACCUGGUAUGCAUGGCUGCAUUCAUUUUGGUGGAUCACAAGUUGUGCAGGCUUCUUUGACAUCUAUCGAUGAAUUAACUUGAGCAAGGACUCCCAUUUCAUUUGUUUGUCAUAAUCAACUAAGCACAAGCAAUUCAGUACAUGUUAUGCCUUUUUAAUAGGGUGCAAUAUGGUUGCUGAAGAGGGCAGCACCUCUUCACUCAUAAACUCCUUUAAAUCCAGCUGAGGAUUAUCGAGAUCCAGGGAGAGGAAUUUAUCUAUCAGAGAUUUGCAACUUUGCAACUGUUUCUCCUUUGAAGAAUGGUCAGUGUGUUGGAUGGGUUUCCCAUUGCGGAGCAACUCUGACACUUCUACUCCUCGGGCAAUCAAUUUAGGUGGCAUGCCAGCCAAAUCUGCAAUAUUAGCUGCAUGGCUGACAGUGGACAUGCCUUCUUUGAUCCGGUAGAAAAACACAAGUUCAUCUCCAUCUUGGUGGGUGUCCAUAGUCAGAUACUGCAGAAGAGGACUGUCAGGCAGGAGAUUCAGCUGCAUCAGGCUGUGGAAAUUAGUGGCAACAAAAAUGUGUGGGCAUUGGGUUGCUUGUCUAAUCCAGUACCUUAGCACAGCAGCCAGAAGAGAGAGGCCAUCUACUGUGUUUGUGCCUUUGCCAAAUUCAUCAAUGAGCACCAAAGACCUUUCAGUGGCAUUGUUUACUGCCUUGGCUACUUGGUUAAGAUCAAUCAUGAAAGUGGACAGUCCUAGAGAUACUGACUCUCUGCUAUGGAUCCUGGUGUAGAUUCCAUCCACUGCCCCUAUCUCAGCUUCAGCAGCAGGAACGUAGCUUCCAAUUAGGGCCAUAAAUGUAAUAAUGCCUAUCUGCUUUAAAUAUACACUCUUUCCAGAUGAAUUGGGUCCGGUGAGGAUCUUAAUCCGGCCAUGCGUUUCAGUGCUCUCCGCUGAGUUGGGAAAAAAGGUCUUUGCACAUAACUCCAUCAGUGGAUGCCUUCCAUCCUUAAUACGGAUCGUGUGGGAGUGAGAGAAGCAUGGACGGAUAUAUCCGUUCUCACGAGCCAUCACUGCUAAAGAGAGCAACACAUCUAAGUGUGCUGUGUAUUCAAUCACAUCACUAAGUACUGCAGACUUUUCCAAAAUCUUAGUCUGUAGCUGGUCCAUGAUCAGUAUUUCUUGAUCCCUUAUUUCACAAUGAAGAUCACCAAGCAAACUAUCCAGUUCCUUUGUCCUGGCACUGCGGUAGUGAAGCUUUUCUUCCGACAAGAACAUGAAAUCUAGUCCCUCAAUCUCAAAGUCACUCAUUUCCACCAUUGUGGGCAGCCGUGGAAUGGAGAGUAAGAAUCCUAUUAAGGGAAUAUAAAUAACGGUACAGGAUGGAAUUCUAUUAUCCAGGUCCUCCAGUUCUUUUCGGGCCACCUCUGUAAGGAAGGCUGAAAGCCCCAUCAGCUUUCGUUUCUUUUCAUCAAUGGUGGGAUCUACAUUUGGUCUGACAGUGAAGUGGUUUGCUGAGAUACUGCCUUCAAAAUCUACCACUUUGCUGAUUAGGCUGGCAAUAUAGUGUAGAUCUUCAGUGAAGACUUGUGAAAUAGUCUGGAAGAGCUCAAUGGUAUUGGGCAGAGAGCGACAUGUAUCUCUGAGGCAUACAGCACUGUAAACAGUUUUGUACAGUGCUUGCCAGUCACUUACCUUAGUGUUAGAAACAGCCAUGCGCCUAAGAAUCAGGGGUACAUUUUUAAUAUUUUUGAGGCAUUCCUGUAGGGUCAGAACUAUUUCAUGAUUCCGAGCUAACAGGAAAAAUUGGAUAACAUCAAGACGUUUGUUCAGUUCUGUCAAAUUGCGCGUGGGUCUCAUGAGCCACAGUCUCAUCAGCUUCUCUCCCCACUUGCAUCUACAGUGGUUCAGAAUCCCAUAUAAGCUGAGUCCUUCUUUUUUCCCACUGGCUUGUUUAUACACAGAAGGAUGCACUUCACUUUUAAAUAUCUGCAGCACAGAGUAAGCAUCUUGAUCUACGUGUACAAUAUCUGUCAGUACAAACUUUUUAAAGGCAAGGAUAGGAACAUUGACACUACUAUCUUCCAGUUCAACUCCAACCCUCCUCCUGUCAAGAAACUUCAGCAAUCCUCCUAGCACUCUUACCACGAGUGGGCUCUCAAAAGGAAUAAUAGACGACAAAUAGAGGAUUUUCUCAGUUGCUGUCAUGUCAGAGGGGACAAAAGGGAAUUGCCUCGAUAGGAUCCUUUGCUUGCUUACUUCUAAACCAAAAUCCAUAUUUGGAUACAGGACAACCUCUGGCUUUCCUCCUUCCUGAUGUUCUCCCAUAGUAUUACCUAAAUUGGUCAGGAAUUUGGCUAUGCUAUAAUCUUGCUUAGCACUACUUAAUAUGUAUUUGGGAAGUACUUCAUCAACCACUUUCUGGAGCAGCUUAAGGUCUUCAUUGUCUGGUGUGUCAGCCAUAAAGUAGAUAGAGCAGUCUCCAGUGUCAUAGUAGGCAAUACCCAGCUCUCCUCCAUACCACAAUACACACAUGCAGAUCUCAUGCUGUUCUUGUUCAUCUUCUUGAUCAAUGGUAGGCAAUGGUUGGGGUUGGCAGUUGGUGGCAAAAGAAGCAGCAGCACUCAUUUUUAACAGAAUUCUAGAAGAUAUGUGGCUGGGUAAACAAAACAUUCUUUUUAGUGUUUCAUUCUUUAACUCCCCCACUUUUCCUCACAAAGCUACCCCUCCCAUUUGGCUAUUUCUCCAAACCUAUGAUAUCACUGUUCUUAUUUCUUACAUGGCCUUGUUAUAUUUUAUCUUACUCUGUGCAUUCCCCUCUCACUAUAUAUGUCUCCUAAUCAGUUGCAGAAAAAAAGUGGGCAGAUCACCCAAGACCUCACUUCUGGUAGGCAAGGAGUAUCUAGUUUGCAGUGUUAAGGCAGGUGUCUAGUUCUGAGAUGCACAUUUACUGCAAUACCACACUCAUGACCUGGUUGAGGACAAGCAAAGUGUCACUUUCCUUAAACAAUUUCACAUUGUUUCUUCCAUUGCAGAACCCUUCCCUAAUAACAAGUUCUGUUAAUAGCCAGUUUCACAAAGUAGCACCUUAAAUUAAAAUUGCAGAAAUAGGUCCCCCAAUCACACUAUAAUGUUUUUUCAACAUUAUUCUCUAUGUGUAGUAAGGUAAAGUAUCUGCUUGCAUAUAUAUGUAUGAUAGAAAGACCAGGUGGUACUUCUGUGUUUGAGCAUUUCCUCACGUGUGCAAUGUGGUAUGCUUCAAAGUUGUAAAUGAAAGAGAGAAUGGUAUGAAUGAAUGAAGAGAGGUAUUGUAUAUGUGUUGAUGGAAGUGAAUGAGUGAGUCUGCAACGAGGAAAGAGGGAAAUGGAACAUCACCCUUUCCUACCUUUCUUUCUUUGCCACAUAUGCUAUAGAAACAAAACAAACAACAACAAAAAUAACUGUUACAACAGUUGUCUAACAACAAAAAUAACUCUUACAGCUACAUUUGAAAAAAAAUCACAAGAUUAUUAGACACAAAAGGCACCAGAAGGAUUCUAUGAUUGAUUGAUUGAUUGAUUGAUUGAUUGAUUGAUUAAGUUAGUAUUUUGUGAAGACGAUGCAGGUAACUCACAACUUAUACUCAUUUAACUUGUGCACAUUCAGCUUUACAUGCUUGGGGGUGGGGAAUAAAAAAAUAAAAUAAAAUGGGGUGGACACCAGGGGAAAAAAACAAACUUUUGCAAUCCCAGUCACCACUGCACCCAGUGUGUUUUGACCAUACACCAUUUUGGCUUUAGGCACUAUCCCCAGAAUGUAAGCCUCAUUUAAGUUUAGAGUCAGCUAUACUGUAAUAAUCUUACCUGAAUUCUUCUUAAGUUGCUAAUUGUGAACAGUCACUGUUUGGAGAGUCUAGAGAAAACAGAUAGAUUAUACAGAAUAGGUAGAAUCAGAUGCUUUUGGACCUUUAUAGAAAUAUGAAAGGUAGCUAAUAAACUGUUCAAGAAGUGGUUUUGAAUGUACAGGAGAGUGAGCUGGACUUUGAUAUGAGACUAACCACUAGAAAGUAUAAUUAAGAGGAGGUUCCUCAUUCUUUAGCAUGAAAGUAAUAUUUUACAACAUGGCUUUUGCAAGCAAAAUAACAUGAAAAAUGUGAACAAGGUAGUUUUCCUUCUACACAGAACAAGUAGAGAGCUUGAAGAAUAUUUAAAUACAAAAACAUAGUUAAUCAUAUGCAUGUGAGGCCUCUUGAGGUCAGUGUUUCAGCAUAUAUGAUAUAGUGGUUAGAUAAGAGAUCAGUAUCCAACCGUUGAGUGAAUCAAUGUGAUCCAUUUGGGGUCUUAUUCUCAAAUUUGGUGUACUAGUUUCUAUAAAACUCAUUAUGAAUUUGUGCGUGUGUUUGGAAAUAGUUGUCUGCUUUACCAGAUUACGGUUGUACGUAGUGUUUGAAAAGCCACAAAACCCAUCAAAGGUUUGGCAAGCCUUAUAACGAUCAUGGGAACCAGGCAGAGGGCCUUCUCGGUUGUGGCGUCUGCCCUGUGGAAUGCCCUCCCAUCAGAUGUCAAGGAAAUAAACAACUACCUGACUUUUAGAAGACAUCUGGAGGCAGCCCUGUUUAGGGAAGUUUUUAAUGUUUGGUGCUUUAUCGUGUUUUUAAUAUUCUGUUGGGAAGCCCAGCCAGAUGGGUGGGAUUUAAAUAAUAAAUUAUUAUUAUUAUAAGGUUGAAAACAUCAACCCUGGUUUGAAAACUAAUUAAAAAUGCUUUGUGAAUUAUGUUUCUGUUGCUCUCUUAUUGUAACAUUGGCUAGAGAUUAUAAUUAGACAAGGCUACAGGAUACUAUGAAGCUGGUUUAUAUCCCUUUACUGCAGACAAACCUUAUGUCCCCUCAAGCAGACAAAGAUGUCUGAAUAAGAGCUUAAAAAAAGAAGUGGAGGGAAACCAGAGCUCCCUCAUAAUAUAACCACUGCUGGACCAUUCCAGCCUGCUGGGGGGGGGGGGCGGUUAGAUACUUUAACGCUUUCCCUCAUAAAAUACUACUGCAUAUAAAACGAAAUGUCCCUUGCCAGUUAUGGAGUAAUUCUGGUAUGUUUUUCCUCAAUAUACCAUAGACUGUGUAACAGGAUAUUUGUCCUGUCAGGAUAUUGUAUUACGGCAGUGCCCCUUUAGUUCAGGUUCCACCAAAAGCCUCAAAAUUAUCUUCUUAAAGGUAAUUGUAGUUAAGUGGCAUAAACAUUGUUUAAAUAGAUAAAAAUUCUAUAGCUUCUAAAAAUGAUACCCGUUGAGCUUAUAGUUCGAAACAUGACAUAUGUGAGGUUUAUGAAUGUGUCACCUUGCAAACCCAAUAAAAAUUGUCUCAAAAAUGCUGAAGAUUAAUACUUGGGAGUAUAUACCUCAAAGUGACAGUUUUUGCUCCAGUAUUUAUACAGGCAUAUUUCUUUACAGUUGUGUGGUGAACUACUCAUGUAUUCAAGCUUGUUAAGGAAGACAUGUCUUCAUGGCUUUGGUGAAGUUAUGAAUGUCAAAAGUUCAAAUGUCAAAAGACUUUUCUGCCCCAUUAAAACCCAUGGUAGUAACUACUGGCAAAAUAAUACGUGGUGUGUUUGUAAUUUAAAUACUGAUGUUCGAAAUCCCCACUCAGCCAUGAAGCUCGCUGGGUGACCAUGGGCCAGCCACUCAAACUCGGCCUCGCCUACCUCACAGGGUUGCUGUAAAGAUAAAUGGGAAGCAGCAGAACUGUGUAGGCCACCUUGAGCUCCAUGGAGAGAAAGUGGAAUAUAAAUGUAAUAAAUGAAAUAAAAUAAACGUAGAGAUUAUCACAGCUUUUGCGGAGGGAGUCUGCUAGUAAUUUAAUUUAAUUACAGUUUAUGACAAUGCGGUGCAGAAGUUGCUAGGCUUUGGGGGCCUGUGGGCACAUUUGGAAAACUAAGAAGAGAAGAAGAGUUUGGAUUUGAUAUCCCGCUUUAUCACUACCCGAAGGAGUCUCAAAGCGGCUAACAUUCUCCUUUCCCUUCCUCCCCCACAACAAACACUCUGUGAGGUGAGUGGGGCUGAGAGACUUCAGAGAAGUGUGACUGGCCCAAGGUCACCCAGCAGCUGCAUGUGGAGGAGCGGAGACUCAAACCCGGUUCCCCAGAUUACGAGACUACCGCUCUUAACCACUACACCACACUGGCUCUAAGAAACUGUUGUAGGCAUCACCUCACAACUGCACACCCUCAACUGCACGCACAUGUCUCACAACCACACAUGAACACACAUUUUGAGGAAGCAUAAUUUGUGACAUUACACAACAUCAAUAUGGAUCACAGGGCCUGUCUGAUAAGGCAUUAGCAUUAUUUUUCAGUUUUCUGGCUUUGAAGAGCUUGAGCCAGUAUGACAUAGCUUUAAAUCAGCAAGGUUUUUUAAAUCAUUGUAUUGUAUUGAUCCUGCAGAUAUUUAACUAACUUCUGCAAAUUAUACUUGAGUUAUAAGAGUCAGUGUUGCAUUAGGGGUUAUCAAGACUCAUGUGGAGUUAACAUCAUUUACCACUAGAUGUCAGUGACAUUUCAAGAAUUAGGAAAAGCAAAGUAAUAUUUUGAACAGUGAGCAAAUAUUCUGUCCAAAUAUAUUCUGACACACUUGCUUUGUUUUUAAGCUCAGAAAGCUUCUUCAAAAGUACUUGAAUAAAAAGAAAUGCAGAAUUAUUAUUACUAUUACAACUACUACUACUAUUUCUGUAUUUCUUUUCCUUCCAGUCUGGAGCCCAGGGCAGUGUACAGCAUUAAUAAAAACAGUCAAUUAAAAAAUUAUUACGUUAAAGGCAAUUAAAAAAACUCAUUUCAUUCAACAGAACCCAAAUUAAAACUGCAGCAACAUAUUUCAACUGCUGGAACAUUUAUCUCCCCAAAACACAGAUGAACAAUAUAUUUAGCUGAUACCUAAAGACUACCAAUGAGGAGGACAGCUGUACUUUUCCAAGAAGGCAAUUCUAUAAUGCACUGAAUAAUUCAAACAGAUAUGAUAAAGGAACCAUGCAAUACGUAGAAUUAAAUUUGAAACAGCUGACCAUAGCAUCUUUCUAUUACUUGUCUUUAAAAUUGCUUAUUUUAAAUAACCAAGCCAAAUUUAUAUGCCUAUGGUAUGCCAGUAUUUUAAUGGAAUAAUACUCAUUAAAUAAUCAGGAGCCAGCUGUUUACCUCGACAGGUGCCCAAUAAUGCUAAUCUCUGAUUUAAUUAAUGUUGUGCUGAUACCAUUUACUGGUUAUACCAGACAAAAUGUAUUGUACCAAUCAACUGAGUAUAGGAUUUCUCUGUAUUGAUGUUCAUCCUGACCCAACAGAAGUGAUCUAUAGCUGGUAACAGGUUUUCAUUCACAGAUCUCUACUACUGACAGACAAAAAGACGCUAGGAGAGUGGGCAACUGCUUUAGGUAUGGCAUUUAAAUAUAGUACUUAAGUUUCUGCAGCUGCAAUGGACUCAUCAGCUGGAUUAUUAGCCAGCAAGACUAUCAAGUUUUAUUUCAGAAUUUCAGCAUGUUGAAACUUUGGUCAGUAGAACCAAUAGGAAAAUAUUAUGAAAAUCUAGUUAGUCUAUAAAGUGCUGUGCACAUUGAUGGUGCUGUAUUACUCUUCUGCCUCCUUGUUAGAUCAUGUAUUUUUUCUUUACUGUUUUAAGGGAGUGAAAAGAAUUGACGCAACCUUAUUUGAGAAUUUCAAAAACCAUCAUUUUGGAGAUGAAUCCAUGAAGCGUCUAGAUCUUUGCUCAAUGUUGAAAAAGAAGCAGCCUAAUGGCUACUAUCACUGUGAGUCCUCUAUCAUAGUAGGUAAGUGCAAUAUAUUUCUUAUGCUUUUCUGAGUUAGCUGUAAGUGAAAUGGCUUUUUGUUAUGUUCACUCAUCCUCCUACUUCUUUCAUGACCAAAGGAGUGUAGCAUAUGCGUGGACCUUUUGCUUAGUUCUUCAAGAUUUCUUAACACAAACGCAGUGCCAAGAAUGCAGCUUAAAUAAUGUUUCCGGUCAAGGCUUUGAAACUUGUUCACAUAAUAUUGCCUCUUCCUCAAUUUAUCUUCUUAGAAAAGUCAGAUUAAACGGGAAAUAAUAGGCACUGUUUAAAUUUAUAAUUGCCAGGGCUGUAAACUUCAAGCAACUUGAUUGAUGGAUUAAAAAAAAUUAAAGCUUUACAUUAACAUUAAAAUUGCUUUCCCCCUCCUGGAUUAAUAGGAGAGGCUGUGACUGAGGGAAAGUUGCAUGCAGGAGGUUCCUAUAUCCCACGCCAUUGUGUGUACAUGGAAAAACAGCACACUUAAAAAUGACUUACGAAUGGGAAGUCAGCUUAUAUUUUUCCUUUCCAUGUGAAACUACUCUAGCUUUCUAACAAUGAGAACCAGAGCCAGCUGAAGCAAACAGUGUUCAGCGUCAAUAAUUCAUUUAAGUCUGGAUCUUCCACGAUACUAAUAAGUUUCAUUUUUAAAAGCCAUUUGGAUUUUAGCAGAGAUGGCCUUUCUUUAGGGUGGCCUAGUGUCCUCUUCCAUACCAGACAGCCAGCUGCUUGGGAUUGUGCCCCUUUUCCCUGUUCAUCCAGUAAAAUUCAUGAAACUGGCACUUAGGGAAGGGGUUUUGGAGGUGGACAGGGGGUCGUGAUCUGACCUUCCUUUCUUUUUAAAUGCCAGAUCUGGUUCCAAGUGCCUCCUACCGCUUACAAAGCAGCACUGUUGUUGUUUUUUAAAGGUAAUGAAAUCUAUUUAUUUUUAACGUACUGUAUUGACAGCAGGUCAAGCUUGUUGCUGUGUGUGAAAGACGUGAGGACAUUUCCUUAAGGACAACUGCCAAAGGAAAUGCAAAAAGAAAAAGAAAAAGCUGCCAGUGGCUAGUACUGCGCCUAACUGUGCCACAUUAAGAGGGAACAGAAGCAGCUCUGCACCCAGAGCAAAAGCAACAGCUUUGACAGAAGUAGUAGUAGUAGGAAUACCAAACAGCUGCUAGGGAGCAACAGUGAAGGACAGAGAGGACCACCAGAAUGGGAGACAGAGGAGGAACUGAUUUGGGGUGAUAUUGGAGUGAGAUGCAAAUUAAAUAAAUUUAUUUUCAACAGUUGAAUGCCAUUUGUUUAUUAUUAAUUUCUCACACAGGUGAAACUAUUCUCUUCCUGCAAUAUCCUAAAAAGGCUUUAAUCAAUAUAUUUCUUUAUUUGUAGAAAGCCAGGUGACUAAAGCAUAAUUAAUCAACUUACAACCCUUAUAAUUACUGCAGCAUACAGAGGACUAAAGCAGAGUAAAGUUUUCAUUUGCUAUAGAAAUGUAUAAAAGCAGUGGCUUUUAUUAUUAAGUAACUACAUACCACAUUUCUAUAUUACUCAGUAACCAAAGACUUGUAUUGUGAUGGCAAAAAUACCUUUUGGUUAGCCUACAGGACCUUUCUCCAUCAGCUUAUUUCAAUGGGGCGCUUUCCUCAACAGUGAAAAGAACUAUACUCUUUACCCUGGGUGCCCCUGACACACCCCAGAUGAUUUGGUCCUUAUGACAUUUUUACUGAUAAUGCUGGUUUGUAACUUUGUAACUUUGCAUUGUGAAGUGCUUCACUGUUACUCCAAACGAAAAGUAGUGUAGAUACUUUUUAAUUAAAAUAAAUACAUACAGAUGUGCUAGAAGUAGCAUGUUGACUCCAGUUAGAAGCCUUCACUAAUGGAAGGCAAGGAGAAAUGAUUCCUGUUGAUUUCUUCUUCUACCUGCAGCCCUCUGUAACCCCAUAAACCUAGAUUAUCCACAGCAGUUGGAAGGUGGCGUAUGGAACUACAGGGGAAAGGAUGAAGUGGCAAAGCUCUCUUAUCCCCAUCUUCUGUUAGCAGAGCCUCAGUGAGAUCUUCUGUACAUGGAAACAUUUGUUCUGUUUGCAGAAGGGCAUUAUUGGAUGCAAUCCAAUACAUUACAUUUUUAGCCUGAGUAAAAUCAAUAUCCUUUAUUGAAUUUUAUGUUGAUAGUCUAUAACAUUUUCUUAAGGUAUUAUGGCAUAAAGAGGCAUUUUAUUAGCAAGGGAAAGGUGCUCUUGGAAGUGAGUUUAUAUAUACUAGAAAGAUACCGUAAUAUUUUUUUGCUAAUGAAACAGUUCAAAGCAAGUUCAGUAUGUUGUUCAGGUUCACUUCUCACCACUGUGUCAUUUGAUUUUGGCUUUUAUUCUGCUUUGGAGCAUGCAGCAGAGAUUAUUACUAAUGUUUAUUCUUGCAAUUUAUAUUUUGGGCUCUGAGUAAAAAUAACUGUCAAAUAUAACAUGGCUAAACAAUUGCAAUCAGUUUUUCCACGUGGCCUUCUAUUUUUUAUUUUUUUUAUCGUGCUUAAUGCCAAUUUUGAAAUGCAUUCGCAUCCUCAGUUUUCAUGUUUGUUUGAACAAGCAAAAGGUAAUGGGGCUUCUAUGGGCCUUUAAUUAGUUUAUUCCUGCAUCACUCCUUAUUUAGUAAGUUCCUGUUUCCUGCAGCAUGUAUGUGUGUCUAUUCCUGUGUCAUCUAUGCUGCAUUUGCGCAUUGUGAGUUUACUGUCAGAACAAUUGCUCAUGCUUUAUUCUAUUCUUAUUCUAUUCAAGUUCCCCCACUAUAGGAAAGAAAGCUGCCUUAUUAUUUCUAAGAAUACAGUUCUCGGGCAGCAGGGCAGAGCCUUGGUCAUGUUGCUCCAUAGACAGUGAUGGCCUAUUUUAUCUUGCAGUACAAUGAGACAGGAAUUAAGUUGUCAAGACCUGAUGUAGAAAAAUUCACUGUGCUACUUCAGAUUGCAGGAUGCGAAUCAAAUUUUAAGUUCUCUCUCUGUUAAAAAGAAAGCGAGGAAAACUCAAUGCAAGUAGAAACUAGCAGAGCAGGAAAAGAGGUGACCUAGAAUCUUUCACCCUAGCAUUAGCAGGAUGCCUCCCCAUAAGUUUUUUUGUGGAGGAGUAUUAAAAAAUGUGAUGCGACUCUCUGCAAUCUCAGGUAGGUACUGUCCACCCUUAGCACCUCAAAUUCUACCACCUCAUUCUGCAUGUGUAAACCAGGCAAUGUCACUGUCUUUCAGUGGUUUAUGUGAAAUACAGUUGAAAGUAGUUUCUUCAGUAGAAAGAGAUGGUGCUUUAAAUCUUUCAUGAUUUCAUUUAUACCUUUUGUUCUUCACUGCCAGCGAUAUCAGUCCUGAUGAGACUGAUGGGGAAAAGGCUAUGCUGGAAAUGAAGUCAGCCGAGUGGCGUGAGAUCAGAGUGGGCAGAUAGGGGAAGUGUUAAGACUUCCACAUGUUUCAAGGAAAACAUUUUAAGGUCAGAUCAUUUUUUCACAUUCAGCAGCUGAUAAAUAAAUGUGUGAGAAACUGAAGGAUCCAGAGCGGCAAAGAAAAGGCCUAAGGUUUCAAAGUGAGCCAGGACAUUCUUACCAUUGUAACUUCUGACUAAAUUCUCAUUAAGCUGUCCUGUAUUUUUCACAGGACUGCACACAAUGGCUUUCCAAAUUGGUCCUCCGUUUCUUUGUUAAAAAAUCAUAGGUAUUGCUCAUGAGCGCUUUUAUUUUUAAACCAAAAAGUGCCACUCUAGUAUAUUUAUAGUGAAUUGAAUAUGAAAGAAAAAGAUCUGAAAAGACGUGACAGCAAUAUUUGUUUCGCACUCCCUAAUUAGAAGCUUCAUUAUUUUGAUACCUCAGGAAGAUACGGUGCAAAAAUAAAACAUCUGUAAAGGGCUCAGUUACUACUUAUAGCUCUAAACAGGUUUGUUUUAACUCCCCUUCUUAAUGAUGGCUAUUAGUACAUACAUAGAAAGAUAGAUAGUGUUUUGGAACAGGUGCUUGAUGCAACUAUCAGCUGUCUCCUGUCUUCCUCAGUAUGCGAUAAGUUACUUAUGUUUUGCAUAUGUAUGCUGUUAUAGGGAAGCAAGAACUCUCUCCCCUUUUCAUCCUCUUACUCCUGUUUCACAGCUAUCAGUCUGUCAGUGUUUGCAGUAUUGCACUAUUACCACUGAGGUCAAGCUUCCAGCCCUGUGCUGAUUCUUGUGUAUUUCCCAUUAUAAACUGUACUGUGGGUAAAUUCAUACAACCAGUGCUGUUUUCUAGAAAAAGAGGUGUUGUACCUCACCAUGAACACCUCCCUCAUUCUCGUAGAAUGGCAAUGGUGCCCAGCUGAGAGGUGCCAGAACUGAGUUCUUGUAAGUUGUGGCUGGAAAAAAAGACUUGCAUAUAACUAUAUUCAUUUAUUCAUUUUUUGCAGUAACAAGUGAAAGCAAAUAAAUUUCAUUUAUUUUAUUUUUCAUAGUUCUAAACCACUUUCCCAGCAAAUACUUUCCCGAGUUGUGUUGUCCAAAAUAUCACAAAGCUUUUAAGGCACCUUGUAUCACUUCAAACACAAUGCAUUCUGAACAUGCAGCGUACAUGCUAAGAUGCAAGUCAGCAUGUGUGUUGAUGUGAGGCAUCAAGUGAUGCACAUUUAUGUGUAAAUCAGCUGUUAAAGAAUGUGAGGAGACAAACAUGAUCAGCACCUUCAUUUUCUCUUCUUUCAAACUAUCAGGCUCUAUGUAUACACACUCGUAUUUACAUCCAGUGUGCUGGUUUGGGAAAUGAUGAGCACACAGCAUUAACCACAAUCCUUUCUCUAUCCCAUCAUUUCUUAUAAAGUACUGUGUUUUGAUUAGUUUUCUCCCAAACCAGCUUCAAUCCAAAUUGAGAAAAAGAACUACUUUAAAGCUGGUAAUUUACAAACAGCCUAUGUAAUGCUACAUAGUUUUCAGUGGACAAUGCAGGCACCCUUACUGUUAAGACAGAUAUUUGGGCAUCAAAAACAAAACAUUGAACUCCUGUCUUUCACAAUUUGCACACAUUUAAUCCUUUUUGAAUUAUCAUAGGUGCUAGGGUAGGGGUAGACAGCAUCUUAAAAAGAGACAUCACCUUGCCGACAAAGAUCUGUAUAGUUAAAGCUGUGGUUUUUGCAGUAGUGAUGUAUGGAAGUGAGAGCUGGACCAUAAAGAAGGCAGAUCGCCGAAGAAUUGAUGCUUUUGAAUUCUGGUGCUGGAGGAGACUCUUGAGAGUCCCAUGGACUGCAAGAAGAUCCAACCUCUCCAUUCUGAAGAAAAUCAGCCCUGAGUGCUCACUGGAAGGACAGAUCCGGACCUGAGGCUCCACCUCAUGAGAAGAGAAGACUCUCUGGAAAAGACCCUGAUGUUGGGAAAGAUGGAGCACACACGGAGAAGGGGACGACAGAGGACGAGAUGGUUGGACAGCGUUCUCGAAGCUACCAGCAUGAGUUUGACCAAACUGCGGGAGGCAGUGGAAGACAGGAGUGGCUGGCGUACUCUGGUCCAUGGGGUUACGAAGAGUCAGACACGACUAAACAACAACAACAAGGGUAGGGGUAGGGAACCUCAGUGGGGAACUGCAGGCCCUGAGGUUCGAUGCAUCCCUUUAGGGUUCACUGACCCUUAGAAUUUGCCCUAGGCUACACACCUCUCGAUUGCCCUGCAGCACCUGUUCCGUGAGUGCUUUUGCCUUGCUCUAAUUGGUCCUUGAACGGUGCUAAUGCCCCCUGCUUGCCUAGCAGGAGAGAUGUUUGGGUAAAAACCUCUGACUUUUAUGUGGUUGGAAGGAGGCCUGUGCAAAAAUAAUAGUCAUCUCACUUGCCCUGCACACUUGUGCCUCUGACUCUGCCCAUCACUGCCACAUUCCCCACCACUAUCACAGGCUGUCUACAAGGGAAUGUUCUUCUUGGGCUGAAGAAGGUGCCCCUGUCCUAGGAACCUAGUGGUGUGGGCACAUGAUUUCUUAUUACAGCUACCAUGGAAAUGUUUUAUGAGCCGUAGACUGCAUUGCACCUUUUCAACAAUGCCAUGCUAGGAACUGGACUCAAUGAAGAAAUUGUUAGCAUAAUGAAAAUAGGCAGGCUUAAGUAUACAAAUGGCCAAAUUCAAGUCACCUAGUGUGUUGCUGGAAGCCAGCACACAGACUCCUGCUACCACAGUGGUGGUCUUCCCACUCCCCGCUGUGCUUCCCCCACAUCUGCUUUGGAGAGUCAGAACCCCUCAGAAAAAUACAUGGGGAGACUGUUCAUAUGACCUGAGCCACCUACUCCGGUGUUUAGCUCUCACUUAUUUUUAUUUCAUAGAAUGUAUAUACUGCUUGAUUGUAAAAAAAUAAUAAUCAUCAAAGUGUUUUAUAGUCCACUAUAUACAAACAUUUCCAGUGCCUUCCAUAUUUAUUAAUUAAAUUAUUUCAGCCUUGCCUUUUGUAGCCAAAUGGCUUCCAAGGCAGCUUACAGAGAUUUUAGAAAAUCAAAAGGCAAAAUGAAAUGUGCAGUACAAUACCAGAACAAUAUAGUUUUUACCUGACAUCUGAACGCCAACUGUGAGGAGGCUGAAUAAAUAUCCUAAGGUCGAGUUCAGCUGCUGGGCAUCAUGACAAAGAAAACCUUCCACUUUACAGCUAUGCUUCUGCUGGUUUUGGGGCUCAAAUCAUGGCCUACAUUAAUUAUCAUAUUUUUCGGUCUAUAAGACACCCCCAUGUAUAAGACGACCCCUAUUUUGGGGGACUCCAAUUUAAGAAAAUGGGGGAAGAUGGUCCCCCAAACUUUGGACAUUAUUUUUUAGGGGGGAAAACCUAGUCUUAUACAUGGAAAAAUACGGUACCUGAGUGCCAGAAAGGAUCAUAUGAGAAGGCCCAGGUAAUAACCAGCACGUGCUUUUUUAAGGGGAAUGCAACACCAUCCAAGCAAAUCACACACUUUUAUCUCAAAUAAGCUUUCUUAAAACCCCCCAGAUUAUCACUGUCUUGCCUGGAUAAUGGCAAUAUAAGAUAAAUAAGAAUAAGUAUAGGAAAAAACCAUUUUCUUUUCUGUUAAAAUGCCAGAAUGGCCCUUUUCUUUCUUCAACAUCUGAUGGCUAUCCAAAGUCUCCAGAGAUUACAGAGAAUGCUGCAUGAUUGCGCAGAGAUUCUGCUCUGAUGGCCAUUGCAGCCCUCUGAGGUAUUCUAAAAUAAGAUACACUGUUGAACAGGUCAGUGCUUCAGAAAUAAUGUGAGCAUUGCUAUUAAAACGUUUUAGGUUUAAUGCCACAGCAUCUAGGCAACAAUAUAGAACAGCAGGAAAAGUUCCUUUUGCUGCUACUAAAUCCAAACUGCCUUUGUCUUUAAAGCUUAGUAUAUAUAUUGAGGAUGAGAAUUUUUUGGGAGGGGUGUGGUUGUAAAAAAAACAUUAUAAUUGAGCAUCUCCAACUGAGCACAAGAUUUGAAAUUCCACUACACACUGUCCCAAUUAUUAUUAUUACUAUUUUUAUUUAUUUAAUUCAUAUACCACCCUAUACCCACAGGUUAGAGAUUUUUCCAUUGGCUCUGUAAACUUGUCUUUGUUUCAGUUGAGAAGCAACAUGCAAGAUUCCAGAAAAUAUUUCUAAAAAUAAAAUAAUUCAUCAUCCUCAUUAUUCAGUAUGAGGAAUGUCUAGCUUCUCUUGUUAAGAUACUGUGUGUGGUAGAAAAUGGGAACAAAAUUCCAGUUUGCUUCCCUGGUUUUACCAUCUUUUUAAUAAUAAAUUUCUUAAAAAUAGGUUGGAUCCAGACUUGUAUUGGGUAGACCCCUGCUAAUAGGAUGCUAUAGUUCCUCUGCAGCCCUGUAUGUCUCCUGAAAACUUGCUUGGGACGUUGUGAGGGCCCCUGGGACACUGCAGGGGAGAAUUGCCAUAAACUAGCAGCCUCCUCAGCCCCUAAGUUACUGUCCAGAGUAACUUACAGGUAGCAGGACAAGAGCCUCAACUGGAUCAGAGUCCAGCCCAUGAACAGAGGAGACCUUUCCAUUCAUGAAGGAGAUCUCUGGAUCUAACAUAUUGUUUUAACAAAAAUUACUAAAUGCAAAAUGCAUGUGCCUACUAUGGAGCCCUACGUAUCGACUGUCAAAUAUUUAAUAACUUGCACAUCAACUAUUAAAUGCCAUCAGCUACCAAAUGUCAGUUAAUGUCAAAUACUGGAAUUUCUUUGCAAAUGUUACCAAAACUUCAAAUAUUAGAAUAUUAAAAUUUUGACAUGAAGACAAUUGAGACUUUUUUAAAAACCUCCAUUUCUCCUACUCACUAUGAGAGCAUACUGAGCUUUUCUGUUAGUAAUUAUGAUAGAAUAGCAUUAGCGUUUUUGACCAAACUGCAGGAGGCAGUGGAAGACAGGAGUGCCUGGCGUGCUCUGGUCCAUGGGGUCAUGAAGAGUCGGACACGACUAAAUGACUAAACAACAACAAGCAUUAGCGUUAUUGUUUCUGGAUUUUGCAGGUAAUUAAUAUUCCCAUGUAGAAGAGAACACACACACCAUUUCUAUGAAAACUUACAUCUCACACUUUUGAUGUCUAUACACAAUUCCGGGCAGCUUACAACAACUAAAACUAGCCAUAAAAUACAAUAACAUUCGGAAACCAAAACAAUAUAACAGAAUCAGAGUAAGUUCAGCCAUGAAUAAAAACUUACCUAUCUGAUAUGUGUGUUAUAUGUAAUAUAAACCCAUUGCAAAUUACCAAAUUCAUCAUAAAAUAAUGUAAUGCUUAGAGUCCAUGCUGCAUGGUUAAUGGUUGCCAAAUUCAGACCCAGUGACUAUGCAUAUAGCUGUAUGUAAGAGCUCUGGGCAGUUAGAAGGUAUGCAGAAUAAAUGUAUUUUCUGUGAAGUGCAGCAAGAGAUGUGCUUGCCACAGCAGGCAGAAGUACGGGUUGGGGGGAAAUGGUUGGUCAGAUACUGAAACAGCAGCUGCAGCAUAUUAUCAUGCUUCUCUAGGCCUGGGCCAAACUUGGCAAGCCUAGCAUAUUCUGGACUUUGAAUUCCCCCCACCUUACAUCCCUACAUCCCUUGCAAAGGUAUAAGCAUUCAAGAGCAGAAUAAAGUGUAAGACUUUCAUGCAGUGAAUAUCAUUUUAAUAUAUUCAAAAUAAAAUUUAAAAAUAAUGGCAACAUUUAAGUGAACGCAUGAAACUGCUUAUAAUGAGGAGAUCACUUCUCUAUCCACGCUAGUCUGAAAGUGGCUCUUAGAGACCUCUCAUCUUUUUUUAAGCUUGUUCACUGAUACCCUUUGGCUAGAGAUGCUGAGAUUUGAGCCUGUGGGUCUCAGAGGUGACAUGAUUCUGACUGGAGCUUUGUGAAAAAUAACACUACUUGUCAUGCUCCUAUCAAACCAUGCUUCUCACCAGGCUUCAUAAUUCCAGUCAUCAUAUCUGCAUAUUAUAUGCAUAUAUGUGCAAUUGUAACCUGUUUCUUGAAAAGCCUUUUCAAGCGGAAGUGAUUGGGAAGCAGCAGGUGUGUGCAACUGUGUCGUCGUCAUUUUCUUCUUCUUUGGCGAUCACUCAUAGCCGAGUAAGAUUGUCUUCCAUAAACACUGUUUUGACAAUGAAUCCAUAAGUGACUGUGGAGGCCAAUUCUGGACCCACACGUCCUUCCACUGUGGGGACAUUGGUUCCUGGGCGGGAGUUGAUCACGGUGUGGAUUUGCCAAGCGUGCCUUCCUCUUAGCUCGACUGUGUAGGCACAUACAUGCAGGGCCAGCCCAAGACAUUUUGCUGCCUGAGGCAGACAAGGUGGCACCUCCCACAUACCAAAACUGACUGGACUGUAGUUAAAACUUCCUUCAACACUGGUGACAGGAUAGGAUCCUUAUCACAAGUGAAGCUUCAGGCCAGAUUAGGAGGACAGGAGAGAACAUGUGGCAACAGAGAAGAAUGGGUGGAUUAUAGCUGAAGGUGGCUGCUGCUCCCGCUCAGCAUCCACCAUGCGAGGUGCUUGCCUCACUCUGUGAAAUGCUGGAGCUGUACCUUCAUGCAUGCUUAAGUUUUUGCAUACCUAUGACUUCCUCACUCAUGUGUUUUUACAUAUUUGAAACUCUCUGAGGGAGAAUGUAAAGAAGCAUUAAGGUAAAGGGUUAAUCACCCUUCCUGUUACUUCUCUAGUACUACUCAGUAAGUGGCUUUAAAAAGGGGGGGGGAGGCACUGUGUUAUUAAACCACAUGCACUUGUACCUAACAUGAAAUUUAUCCCUAAAGUAUGUGACUAUUUUCUUCAGUUGCACUACGUAAGAUUAAUAAGAAAAAAGAAAAAAACCUUGUCAACCUAUUUAACAGGACUGGAAGAACAAAAUGCUGCUGAAAUGACAGGAGUGUUGCCAUGUUAGCAAAACAGUGCUUUCCUAUUUUUCAAAAUGGGUGAAUGUGUGGCUAAGCCAUGGCUGCUGUUAAGGUUCAAGCGAGCAGAAUUUGGCCUUGCUUCUGAGAAACUGAAUGUUUCCCCUCUGUAAAUAAUUCUAGCAGUUGUGCAGCUUUACCAGCUGCUGUUAAGCUUGAGGGCAAAGGUUCUUUAUAUUCUAUUUAUUAUGUGAACUGUGAUAUCACAGUAUGGAUUUGAGAAGACACAAUACUAAGUGCUUCAUAAUAGCAUCUCUUUCUGGAAAGGCUCUAGCUGAGUGGUUAGAGCAGCUGCUUUGUAUGCAAAAGGUUCCAGGUUCCAUCCCCGGCAUCUCCAAGUAGGGCUGGGGGAAAACCUCAGUAUGAAACCCUGGACAGCCAUUGCCAAUCAACAUAGAUGGAACUGAGCUAGAUGAGCCCAUGUUCUGACUCAGUAUAAGGUAGCUUCCUAUAUUUCUAUAACUAUUAUUAAUCAAAAUAUUGCAGGUUGAGUUAAUUGUAUAUUUUGUAUGUCUUGCAUUCUUUCAGAAUGCUGUUACACAACUCUAUGUUGUGACUUCAUUUGGAAUACUGUAUAUAUGAUUUUUGGUCAUAUUUUGUACUGCAACUUACCUUGAUAUCAUUAAUUUCAUGAAGAACAGGCUCGAAAUUGAAAUAAACAAAUGUAAUUGACUGCUUGCUAUGACCUUCUAACAACUUUUUCUUUAGAAAUGCCUUUCAGGCAUUUCUAUAACCUUUCAGAUCAAUUGUUACUGUGUGUUGACUUAAGCAUUAUGUGUGCCUGGCUAAUUUACUAUUACAAUGUUUCAGAUGGGAUACUUAAUAAUAAUGAAACCAUUUUGAAAUCUUGUAUUAAUUUGUUAUUGACAUACUGACUAAUACAUAAUGGAGACAAGUACAAGCUAUACAGUGUAAUAAAUCACUAUGAAGACACGGGAAUAAUUUCCAGUGCAAUUUCCUCCUGAGAUGUUCCCUUUUCCCUGUGGUUUUAUUUUAAAUUGAGAAUGAGAAGCACUGAAUGAUGGAGGUAUUAAAAGCUUACUUCUCGGAACAAAGAAAUAGUAACUGUGCCAAGCUGUUAAAAUAUGCUGAGAUAUAUAGGUUAAAACCUGAAAUAGAUUCAAAAUAGUGUGUGACUGUGGAACUGUCUGGUUUCCAAGCACUAAGAUAAAGCUGUCUUUGAAGCUGGUUUGAUUUAACUAAUGUACUUAUAAAAGAUUUUCUUUUAACAGCUUGGGCACACCAUUCUGCCUAUGAGAAAUUGCUCUCAGUAUUUCAGUGUUGGGUUCUGAAAGCAUUCCGGCCCAAUUUUAAAUAUGUUUUUCAGGUUUUGUGUUUUUAUAUGUGAUAAGCAGGCAUGCAUCUGAUAAAGAUAGGCAUAUUAGUCAGGGAAUUUCAGCCUGCACAUUUUUUGUUUGAAAAUAAAAACUGAGAGCUAGGAAGUGCCAUAAAGCUGUUAAGUCUGGUGCUUUGGGGUCUGUAUUUACACAUCAAAAUAUGGCUGAACUCUGAAACCUGUUACAUGUAGCUGAAAUAGUUUGAGAAUUGUAGUGUAUUCUCCUGAGAAAUAUUGUGAAAUGGGGUUUUGUUCAUUGUAGGAAUACAUUCUUGGGAGAGAAAUGGUUCUGCAAUUCUUCUGCUUUUUGGUUCUUAAAAAAUCAGCUCUGUUAAUCCAGCCAAUAUACAGUGGUACCUCGGGUUACAAACAUUCAGGUUACAAACUCCGCUAACCUGGAAGUAGUACCUCAGGUUGAGAACUUUGCCCCAGGAUGAGAAUGGAAAUUGCACGCCGGCGGCGCAGCAGCAGCAGGAGGCCCCAUUAGUGAAAGUGCACCUCAGGUUAAGAAUGGGUUCGGGUUAAGAACGGACCUCCGGAACAAAUUAAGUUUGUAACCUGAGGUAGCACUGUAUGUGUGUAAGGAUUGAAUUUUGCAAGUAUCCUCUUGCAUCACUAUAUUAUGAAAUGUAUCAUAGUGAACAGCCAAAACCAAUGACUGUUUUGGGAAAUGCACUAUUUUUUUCUAUUUAGGAACUGAAAUGAGAUAUGAGAUGGUAGAUUCAAUACCGAACUCUAAAUAGAAGGCAUGUAAAGAUUUAAGGAGUUAUAGAAUAAGGCCCCUUGAUUAUAAGAAUGCAGCCUAGAAAGGCUUUUAGAAAUAAAUCCCGACUAGCAUGAAAAAUUCCAUUCCGGUGCCUAAAAAUCUAAAGGCCAAUAUACCUGAUCUUCUUUUAAUAACAAAAGAAAAAUAUGCUUAACCCGUUGAAUGUUAAUUGAAUGGAUUCAGUGGGUAGUUUUACUACCUGUUAAUUUGUUACUUAAAUUUAAAAAGAUGGCAUCAGUUUGUAGGUUCUGGAAAAUAUUUUAAUGAGCCGACUCGCAAUAUCAAGAGUUGAAGUCUGUAUUUCUCCCUAGGGUGGGUCAUUUAUUCACAUCCUAAAAGAACUACUUCUUAGACCAGAAGAUCAAAAUGACACCAUUAAUUGCAUUAAUAAUAAUCUCAGAAGUAACGUGGCUAGCAUGAACCAUUAUUUAACUUUGGAACAGCACUUUAGUUUGCUUGUACUGUUUCAUAUGUAUGUUCUUAGUAAUCCUUUCAACAACCCUGUAAGGUAGGUCAGCAUAAUUAUCUCUGUGUUGCAUAUUGGGAGUGGGAGGGACACUGAGUCUGAGAAAUAGUAGCUUGCCAGACAGCCAUUUAGUAAGUUCAUGACAGAGAUAUGAUUCACACUGGGCAAGUUCAGCUCAUAUGUUUGCCUGCUCCACUUCAUUAACUCUCAUGGGGACAAUCCAAUUGAAGUUAUGCAUCUUGAAGUUUAAUUAAAUUCUGUGUGAAAACUUUAAGCACAUUCUUAACUCUCCCUUUGAAAUCAGCUGGAUUGCUUUUGACACAGAUUCACAGAGAUCAGAUUCAUUGACAUUGGCACUGGCUUUUACUGCACUUCUCCCCCCUUUCCGGCUUGCUUUGUAUAUUAAUUGGUGCACGUGCAGUUCUUGGAUGCCCCGAAAAGGAUGACUGAAACUCGUUACUGUCAGAAAUAUUCUCCCUUGCUUUAAUGGCUGGUUUUUACUUAUGCCCUGUAGAUGUGUGUUAAGCAGUCAUGUUUAAUUCAUUUGUACUUUAGAAUAUGGGUCAUGUGUUUUCCCCAAACUCGUGAUUAGACAGGCUGACAAUUUCUGCUUAGAUAAGACAUGCUUUAUUACAAAAUGUAGAUGAAUCUGUUACCAUGCCUGAUACAGUUUUACAAUCCAUUCUGUCAUAUCAGAAUGGUUUAGGAGGUUGCUGUCUUCCUAGUAUUCUAUUUUUAAAAAGAAAAUGCCAGUAUUUCCACGGAGGCACCAUCUGACUUCUCCUGUCCCUGCUUUGGCAGCAAAAUGAUAAUGGGACAGCCCUCAACAUUGUUAGGACACUGUGUUCUUUUCAGAUUGUUAUAACACAUGGGUACAAUUAAAUAUUUUUUAAAAAUAAAACCCCUCUGCUUUUGUAUGUUGGUGAUACUGAAGCAACUUGCUAAUUGUUAAUGAUAUUGUAAAAACGACAACAAAGAUUGUUGUCAUCCUAAGAUCAAUGAGGUUUUAUCCAAAAUUGAAGAUCAAAGAGAGCCAUGUGUUUAGGCCACCCUGAUUCAUAAAUCUGUGUCAUGUGAUCUCUGCCAGGUCUUACAUGUUUUUAUGGGCUAUCACAUAGGGGCACUGAAGUGUUAGGUAAAGAUAUAAGAGUGGUGAAACAAAGGAACAAGAUGGUGAGGUUGUGGAAUCUCCUAGUUUGCAGUUUUCUUUGUCUCCAGCCAAAGUGUGAACGCCUUUGCAUGGGCAUGCCUGCAUGUCAAUGCCCCCUGGUAUGUACACAAACGAAAACAAAUUAAACCUUGUUAAGAUGAAUGGUGGGGUGGGGUGGUAGAAGCACUGUGAAACACACUGGAGAAAAAACAACUUCACGGUUCUCGCAGUAAAGUGAUCUAUCUCAUGGACAUCCUCUCAACUCUUUGCUCUUCAGUCCAGUUCCUGUCACUGUUUCUGCUAGGGGAGUGGGUGGCAGUGUAGUCUAAACUAGGGGUCAGCAACCUUUUCCAGCUGUGGGCUGGUCCACUGUCCCUCAGACCAUGUGGGGGGCCACACUAUAUUUUUUGAGGGGAAAUGAACAAAUUCCUAUCCCCCACAAAUAACCCAGAGAUGCAUUUUAAAUAGAAGCACACAUUCUACUCAUGUAAAAACACGCUGAUUCCCGGACUUUCCAUGGGCUGGAUUUAGAAUGUGAUUGGGCCAUAUCUGGCCCACGGGCCUUAGGUUGCUUACCCCUGGUCUAAACCAUUGAGCCUCUUGGGCUUGCCAAUCAGAAGGUCGGCAGUUCGAAUCCACACAAUGGGGUGAGCUCCCAUUGCUCUCCUAGCUUCUGCCAACCUAGCAGUUCGAAAGCAUACCAGUGCAAGUAGAUAAAUAGGUAGCAUUGUGGUGGGAAGGUAAACAGCACUUCCAUGUACUUUGGCACUCAUCAAAGUGUCCCAUUGUGCCAGAACUGGUUUUGAUCAGCUGGCCACAUAAUCUGGAAAGCUGUCUGUGGACAAAUGCCUACUCCCUCAGCCUGAAAACGAGAUGAGCGCCACAACCCCAUAGUCACCUUUGACUGCACUUAACCAUCCAGGGGUCCUUUACCUUUCUGCUUAUGGAACAAUUGCAGGACAUGUUGGAGGACAUGCUCUAAUAAGCAUUUUCUUACUUUACAUUAAUUUUUUUGUCAUUAAUUACAGAAUUAUAAUGAGGCAUCAUUUAAAUUUAGUGUUAGUUGGAGUCUAAUGGGACUUUACAUUCUCUGAGAGCUUAAAUAUGGCAGGGCAAGGGGAAGUGAAAGAGAGUUAUAAUUCCCAAGUAGAAUAGGUAACUAGAAUAGAUAGAAAAGCCAAGUAGAGUUACCACCUUUUCCUGGUAGAGUUCCUAUUUCUUCAAAUGUCAUUAAACAGACAAGAAUUUAACAGAUGUGACUUUUUGCUGAUUUAGUGAUAGAAGAAGCUGCACCUGCUACAUUUCUGCCAGUCAUGCAGCUUUUAAAAGCAGAGGACACCCAGAAAAAUAAAAAAGUUGUUAAGGCAACACUAGCUCUAGCACUUUAUGAACUCUAAGAUUAAUAAAAACUGAUUUUUUUUAAAAAAAAACCCAACAACAACUAGCUAUUGUAAUACAUAUUUUCUUGAUAGUGGCAAAGCACAGUGUCUUAUUUCUUUAAAAUCCCUGUGCAAGGAAGCCCUGUAAAAUGUAUGAGGUGUGUGUAUGGAGAAUCUUGUCUCUGUUAAUCAGUCCAGAUUAAAAAGUGAGUUUCCCCCUCUCUUCAACUAUCUGUGCUAAAGCAUUAUACACAAGGACAAGGAGGUGGAGCCUUGUUCGUACAUCACAGCACACAGCUCACUUGCUUUCCCUUUUCCUCGCCUCUGUGUGUGCUUUUCUCUCUUCCUUGGAGUAGAAUGAACAGUUUUCCUUUAGACUCCAGAUUGCUCUCCACUUUGCAGUUUGGGGUGUACACACUGCAAGGGCAAGGACGAAAAUAAAGCUGUAGAUGCCAUGGGUCAACUCUGCUGCUAUCCUUUUGGGAGAGAUGAGGAGAAAAUCAGUAAGUCUGACUGCUUUGUCUAGUGCCAGAGUCUUCCUAAAUACUGGCUGCAGUAUUCCAGAGUGCUGUUUAAAGCUGGGGAAAGACAGCUUUCUUUAUUUGGGGUGAGGUUCCCCCUUUAAAUUAAAUACUUUGCUUCAAGAGUUUGAGUGCAGGUGGGUAAAAGAUAAAUGUCUGAAUAUAUAGCUAUAUAUGCUCAGUUUAUUAGAUUUGUUUGUAACUGAGAGGAAUUGUAUUCUGAUUACUCUUUGAAGGUUGUUUUGUUAGUGAAUAGUAAAGAUGAUAUCUUAACAGUGCAUCAGGGUAUAUAUUUGUUUCACUUACCAGGUAUAUACUAUGGGAUAGGGCAGUAUUUGCCCACUAAAGACUAAUCUCUUUUAAGGGCAGUGAUUAUUAGCCAAAUGUAAGAGACAUGGAGGUUUGAAAAGCCAGAAUAUUUUUGUUGCUGUUAUACUUUGAGGAUGAGAAAAUGAUUCAAUAGCACUUUUGUUUAUUAUAAAUGCAUGGCAUCCAUACAAAUACAAUAUUCUUUUUGGAAUAAUUACUAGAUCUGCUUCUAUUUUAGUUCACAUUGCAGUGAGUUAGGUGCACCAGAGAAUAAAAUUGUGCUAACAAAAUGUAAGUGAUUUGACUUCAGUUCUCAGAUUUAUUUAUUAUGUGCUUUAGUGCAAUAUUUGUACCAACCUUGGCUACUUAGUGACAAAUUUACGGUUGACUUUUUACUAACCAAAAUAUUUCCAGUUUUCCUCUUAGAAAAUCAAGCCACACCAUGUCUGUCACACUGUUUCCAAAUUGUUUUAAUCAGCUUCAUAUAUUUGGUCAUAGCAAACUUGGAAGGUGUCCGUUAAUAAAUAAAAUUAAUGACUAUGGCCUCAAACCUAAGUAUGUCUACUCAGAAGUAAGUCCUAGCGAGUUCAGUGGGACUUAUUAUUAGGUAAGUGGGGUCAGGAUUGCAGCCUAAGGCUCCAGUGCUAUCACACUUACAUGGAAAUAAACCUCUGCUAGUUGACCCAUAAUAUUAGAUGUGGUAGUCCCAUAAGGUAGCCACUUAAAUAUCAUUCUCCUAAUUAUAGAUUAACAUUUUUUAAUGCAAAAAAUAAAAAAUUAGUAUGGAAUAAAAUAUUGUACAAUAUAUUUCAAAUUAUUUUACAAGCUUCUGUAUAACAGCACACCCAUAAGAAACCAGACUGUGAGCAUUUUGGCUGGAGUUGGGGGCGGGGGAAGGAGUUGGAGAAUGCAAACAGGUUGUCCAGAAGUUCAAUGUUUGGGUGUAGGAUAACAGCUGGAUUGAAGUUAGGUUGGAUGGAGAAAGUUGAGAAUCGGUUGAACGUACAAAACAUUGGGUUAGAUGUAGACAUAGUCAUGUUUAGAGUUACACCCACUGAAAUAAAUGGGACUCAAGUUAGUCAUAACUGACAUAAGUUCUGUUGAUUUCAGUGGGUCCUCCCUAAGCAUGACUAAGUCUGAACCCAAACCUUGACAACACAAAAGAGUAAUAUGAAGACAAGAAUGGGUGACAUAUCAUGUUCUAGGCAAAUAGCAUAUUGUGCAAGAAAAUUAUCCAGUGGGAAUAAUUUGGCCAAUGAAGAAAAUAUUCUCCUCAGUGAUACCAAGCUGACCUAACAAGCUGUUAGGAUAUCAUGAUGCAGUGGGCAGAGGCUUUGUUGUUGAUGCUUAUUACCUUAUUAGCUCCCUAGGAAAAGGGUAACUGUUCCGAAGGCUGUGUGGUACAUGAUUACUUACCGUAAAUACAAUACUUUCACUUCAGAAAGAUGUGGAUUAAAAGGGAUGUUUGGUUACAUCAUUUCUAUAUUUUACAUAAUAGGCAGAGCCAGGGAGUAACAUUAUACUCUUUGUUUUGUGAUGAGAAAUAUAACUUCCAGCUUUUAUAUCCAGUAUAUUUCAAAAGGAGCCAGAGACACAUUCAAACUCCCCUUCUAGCUGUUCUCUGCCACUCCCACCAGUCAUUAAAACUAUGUAGUAUAUGAAUACUGUUGAAUGCAGUAUUUGCAAAAUUAAACUUUAUCACACAGUUUAGAUUGUUAGCUGUAUUUAUUAGAUUUAGAGGAGAUGCUGUUGGACUCCCAUCUCCCAUCAGCUCCACCCAUCAUGUCCAGUGGUCAGGGAUGAAGGCAGUUGUAGUCCAGCAACGUAUGGAGGGAUAAAGGUUCCCCACUUCUGGAUGAUCAGUUCUGGGCCAUAAUAUAUAUACAGGAAGAAGGCAAAGUAAGCUCAGACACAGAACAAAGAAGAGAGUUGUCCAACUCACUAAGGUAGCACGCUUGUAAAAGUACCACCUCAGACUGCAGGUGGAGGUUCAACAUAAUUGGAUGCUUUCUGCCAUAUAAAACCUUGCCUAUAAAAAUCUAGCAUGUCAGGUAGAAAUCACCUCUAGGUUUACUCAUUGGCACAUUGUUUGCUGUAUACAGGGACUUUUUCAAUGGAAGAACAUUAAACCAUUAAAGCCAUCACCUGUAGCCUAAGUAGUACAAGCCAGACACAGGUUUAGCACCUCAACAAGGGUGAUCAAUAUACAAUCACCAGAGUAGACAUAAAUUAAUCAGAAAUGAAAGCCAGGAAAGGUUCUGGUAUAGGCUUAUGGAACUGGCAGGUGGAACAACCAGUGGGGUCGUCAGGGUGGCUUGGGUAAGAACCACAGGCUAUUUCUGCUUGCUUUUUGCAGCAGCCUCUUGAAAGCAGAGACCAGGAGGUCACAGAACCAAAUGAACUAUAAAAAGCCGUGCCUUAUUCCAGGCCAAAUGGCAAAAUUGACAACUGAGCCUUGGAAUUAACAGGCAGGUUGAUGAAAGGCUAAGGAGAAAACGUCACUGAAGGCAAAUUUUGUGAAAGAAGACAGGAAGGUCUUCUUGGAGAGGGGAGAAUUUUGGCAUGUGGCAGCAAAUAUUAAUUAGCCGAGUUAUAAAGCAUUUGGGAAAUAGUGCAUUAAUAAUAUAAUAUAAUAUAAUAUAAUAUAAUAUAAUAUAAUAUAAUAUAAAUGUCUGGACAACUGGAUACAAUUAUAUGGACAAUUUUAUAUGAUAAAGCAGUGGCCCAUCAUGAAGCAAUUUACAGUAAGGUAUGACCCCACCCCCAAGCCAAGUCUACACACUCACAUCAGAUAAUGGUCUGCUACAAGGCUAGCGAACACAGUGCCUUCCAGACGUUAUGGAACUAACAUACCAUCAGCCCCAGCAAGCACAACCAAUAGCCAGAAAUGAUGGGAGUUGUAGUUCAACAACUUUUGGCAGGCACCAUGUUGGCUAGCAAGACCACUCAUGCAGAUCCAAUUACAUGCUUGCCACGUGCAACAAGUAUGAGUUUCACUUGGCCUAUGUUGGGAAUAAUGAAAAUACUCUUGAAUGGUAAGGCAAUUAUAGUGGGAGAGUGUGUACUUUCUGCAGGUCCACUUAGCUUCAAUUUAUUGGCCAUCACCAAUAAGUCCAGGCACUGGUUUAGCUUGUACACGGCCUCUCCUGAGUCAUGUUUAAUGGAGAAAUAGAGGUGGGUGUCAUCAGCAUACUGUUGACACUGUGCCUCAGAUCUCCUGAUGAUGCUCCAACAGCUUCAAAUGGAUGUUAAUUAGCAUUGGGAAUAAAACAGUGUCUUGCAGCACCUUGCAACUGCCAGGGUGUGGACACAUAUUUCUCCCAGUGCUAUUUUCUAAGACCAGUAGGAGCAGAACCACUUAGAGAACUGUGUCUCCAACCUCCAGCUCACAUUAUAGUCCACGAAGAUACCAUGAUCAACAGUAACAAAAGGCAUUGAUAGAUCCAGCAGGAGCAACAUGGUCACACUCUCCCUGGAUCCGCCCAGUCUGCCCCACCCACACUCCCAAUUUACACAAGAAGCAAAGAUGAGCAUGUGUCAAGUUGUGGGAUGGAGAGCCACAAGCCCCUUGCCCACAUCCUCAGACCUUUAUAACUGGAACUGAUCCUACAUAAUUUUAUAAGAACACCUCCCCAGACACUGGCAUCAAGAUCAGCAUAAAGGCAAGCAAUUUUGUUCUCACAGUGCCUAGCAAACCUAUCACAAUAGAACUUUGACAGGUCCAGUGCCCCAUUAACUUUCACUCUCAUGUAUUUAUAGCACCAGCCCCAGUAUAUGCAAGGGGGAAGGUACAGAGACUUCUGCAAAUUUAUAUCCCUGACGGAUCUGAGUAUGUACUCCAUCACAGUGUUCCAGCCAUGAAAUUUGCCACUGUUCUGGAGUAAUCAAGGGGCAAAGUGUACUGGAAGAAAUAGCAUAGCACAGCUUGGCACACUUCAACUAAUCAGCUGGUUUACAUGGGAAGGGGGAAAUUUAAAUGGCCAAAUUAUGAUGCUGAUUUGCAUAUCUGAUAAGGAGACUAGUACCAUUGUGGUAUGUCAUUCUAAGCUUGGCUACAUAUACUAAGAAAAGUCUAGAAUUAGUAGAGGACAUUGGGAUGGAAAGGGGGUGAGGGAAAGAAAUAGAGAAGAAGCAGAAGGGCAAUGACAGGUUGUUUCUGCAAUGUUAAAUACAGUAUUUAAAGACCGAGCAUGACUUAAUAAACUUAAGCUAGCAGAAGCCAGAACAGUGAGUCCUGUUAGUACAAUGGAGCUCUCCUCCACAUUGGCUCUGGGGGGUGGGGGAAAUUUCCAAAACGGGGGAAGAGAAGGGAGAAGAUCCAUGAAGUAAGCAGAAAUACAUGCGCUCAUGAGGCCAUUUCCUUAGUGCAUGUGCACCCAUUAUUCUGAACCUGACAUCAGAUUUUGUUCUGGUUCAGCCUCAGCAUAUAUACUGCUGUUUGUGAAGACUGUUGAAUAAUGAGUCAGCUUCUAUUGCAUUGUGGGGAAAUAUAAAGGUCUAUCCACUGUUGUAUUCUUGUUUGACUAUGUGUGAUGUCACCUGCUAAUCAGAGCUCCUCCAGACACUGGUCACAGGAAGUGUGCAGAAAGAGCAGACAUUAUAACCCAGGAGUGUCACAAUGAAGCACCAUAGCCAUUGCAUGCACGCCCAGUUCUCUCCUUGCCUUCUUUUACCUGCAGAAGAGAAGUGCUAUGGCUGUUGCCUGCCCCAGUUCUCCAUUUCUCUCUUAAUAGCAGGAAAGAGAGAAGGGUCUGGUGGUACCAUAACUCAGUGCUGCCUUUUCCUGAUUGAGAGGGCAUAUGCUGGAGAGCUGAGAAAGCCAUAGGAGAAGUAUGGAGUAAACCAAUGAAGGUAGAGGUAGGCAGCAAUUUGCUGAAAAUGUAUUUGCAAGACUGCAGUGUUUUGUUGUAUUCCUAACCAAUAAAGUGUCAUCAGGGAAAUGGCUUUUCUUUAGUUUGCCAAGUUUCUGUAUUCUGUAUUCUGUAUUCCAAAAGUGGUGGAUGGGAAUGUAUAUCAAAGGCUUUAUUGCAAGUAAUUUACCAUAACAAGUAAAUUGUCUCAAUGUGGAAAUUUUUUGUGGUUAGCUAUAUGUAAAUAUAGACUUGUAGUAAGAGUGCUUGUCAGCAGUAUGCACACACAAAAACAAUUCUUUUUAUCUUCUAUUCAUAAACAAAAACUUUUCAUUGCUAUUAAAUUAUCUACAGGUGAAAGAAGGCAAUGGAAUACAGUGUGAUCUUGAAAAGAAUCUGUAGUAAAACUGGUGCUUUUGAACUUAUUCAUAACCAACCUGGAGUCACAGGUGAACACUCAGGUAGCAAAGUUAGAAUACGUCAACCAGUUAUACAGCAUGGUAAGAACCCAAGUCGACAUACAGAAAGUGAAAAGAAUUUCUUUGAACUGGUUGACAAGGCUAUAGAAAUGUAGACUAUAUUCAAUAUAUUCUAUCAAUAUAUUCAAUAUUCAGAAAGUGAGGCAUGUUGGGGUAAAAAUAGAUAUAUCUUACCUUCACAAUAUAUACAGAUGAGAUCUCCACUGAAAACAUCUGCUCAAUAUACCACAACAAGGAGGCAGGGGAGGAAGCAAGAAACAGACAAUGGCAUAUAUAAUACCCUUAUGUAUAUCUAAUGAGAUGGACCUUUUCAGUGGUGGCCCCAUGCCUGUAGAAUUCCAUCCCCACUGAGGUACACAUGCACUCUUAAUUGUAUUAUUUUAGGAAAUAGGUUAAGGUACAUCUCUUCCAGCAGGCUUUUGAAGAAAGGUUAGGGUGAAGAAUUGUUAGUUGAUAUCCCACAGUUGGAUUUGUAUGGAAGUGAGAAAUGGUAAUGCAGCCUUUCCUGCUGUGUCUUAGAGUUGUGCAGUUAUUUUUAUUACAUAUGAGUUGUAUUUCAUUGUAUUGUUUUUAUAUGAUUUUUACUGAUAUACACCAACCUUGAGCCUCAUCAAUGAAGGGUGGUAUGAAAAUAGAAGAUAAACAUACGAGUAGACAAUAAGUUGUUGGGGCUUUGUAACUGUGGGAGAGUUAUAACUGAACACAACUAUGAAUUGUGUAGGAAGAAUAAUCAAGCAACACUAUUCCCACUCCUUAGAAAGCAUUAGAAUUGAUUAUUAGUAUGUUCAGUAUUGUGAGGGCCAAUACAAUAGAUGCCUUUAAAAAAGGAUUAGCAAAUUCAGGGACAAUAGGCCUGUCAUGGUUGUGAGACAUGAUAGUCAACAAUGGGUCUUUUGUAUAAGUCUUCACCAACCUGGUGCCUCCAUGUAGCUAUCUGGAGCUAAUGGUAAUAGUAGUCCAAAACGUCUGGAGGGCACCAUGCUGGCAAAGGGCUGCUCCACGUUCAGUCACAGUUUGGGGUGUAUGGCCAUGGGGGAGAGAAACAACAGUACAUGACUAUCUCCAUCAUGCAACGAGCGUCCAGUUAGAUGGACCUUUGGUCUGGUCCAGUCUUAUAGCUUUUCUUAUACUGACUCUUGGCAUGUGUUUUGCAGUAGUGUUUCCUUUAAUGCUAGAAACUGGAGUUCUUUAUGGCCAAAGGUGACAAACUGUUGAAGGUGGGCAGUAGAUAGAGUGUGGCAGUGCCAUUUUGUAUGCUAAUAUAGCUUGAGAAAAUAGAAGAGAAAGAAAAGUGCAGAGAGAAAAAGGGAUUAUUCCAACCGUUAUGGUACAUAGAAUUCUUUAAAUCCUACUAUGUUGCUUUUCUACUGUCUAUUUAAAACAUUUAACCUGUUUAUGAUUUAUAAGCAUUUCAAGGCCAUUAUAUGAGAGUGAUGUGUUGCUGGUUUUUUAAACUGCUAUGGAAGUCCCCCCCAAGUUAUUGUAUCUCUCAAGGUUUUCAUUCAUUAUUUCCCCUUAUCACUGUAUACAAAAGGCCAUUCCACUGCAAUUAGAUAGAAAAGGGAAAUAGGCUCUUUGCAUACGUAUUUUCUGGGCAAGAAUCCUCUUUGUGGGAACAUCUAUUUCCAAGGCUGUUUGAAUAGGUUUGCAAAUUUUGUCUGUUUAAUAUCCCACCCUAGGACUGUUUCUUCACUAGGUGAUCAAGACUAGUGUAAGAACGAGGACAUAGCUAGAGUAAUCUUAUUAUUACUAUUCACUUAUAAUGCACUUAAAACUUUCUAAAUGCUGUGCAGAGAUGGCAAGAUAAAGAUUGCACCUGCCUCCAGACUUACCAUCAAAUAGAUAUGAUACAAAAGGGAAAAGGAAUGGGGAGGGAAGAUAAAAGCAAGCAAAUUCAAAAACCAGUUCUCACAGUUAUAUAACCUCAACAGUAUCAGCUGGUCUGGACAUGUGGGCCUUUCUUACUGUAAAAAUGCACACAACACAUCAUCCCUUGAUCCACUGGCUGAUGGAUGGAGCCAGAUUGCACUUCCUUUCAGUUCUGUAGUCUCAGGGCAACUAGGCCCAGAGAGAGACGCUGAGGUGGCAACAGUCUGAAGCACACUUUCUUUGUGAUAUCCCAUGUUGUUCUCUGUGGGAUUUAUAGGACUGCAAUGCAUAUGACUGAACACAAAAGAAUAUAGAGUUCCUGUACUGUUAAUGGAUGUUUAGAAGCUGGAGUGUCAACACGUGCAGGUUUCCUCAUCCCUCUAGGGCAGGAGUGGUUGACCUGUCGCCCUUCAGAUGUUGCAAGACUCCAAUUCCCAUCAGCCCCAGCCAGCAUGGCCAGUGGCCAGGGAUGAUGGCAGUUGUAGUGCAGCAACCUCUGCCCUAGGAAAAGCUUGUGUCCAUUGAAAUUCCCUUUACCACAUUGCUAUACAGGAAGGAGCCCUCUCUCUUUUGUUCCUGGUUAUCAAGACUAAACACUGAUGUUGAAAUCAAGUAAAAUUCUGGCCAGGAAGUAAAAACAAUGUUUUAAUGGAUGUUUCUUCCCUUCUGAUGCAGCGAGAAGUUUCACUUUUGCUUCAUCAACUGCACUGUUAUUCAUAUGACUCCUUCCUCCAUGGCUGGAGCUGGCAAAUCGUUGAUGUUUAUUGGGAGAAGGUUUUUUUAGUUCCUUCACAAAUUAAAAAGAAUACACACGCGCACACAGUUGUGGCACAUGAGGCGGGGCACUGCUGCUGCGCUGUCCUCCUACCCAGUGCAUCUGAGCUCAUCACUACCUCAACCCAGGGCUUCCCCUACCUGCACUGUCACACUGCCCCACUCCAUCCCAAUUCUAGCAAACAGCAGCACCAGCACAGCCAAGAGCAUGGCACAUUGUCAUCCCACCUCCUGCACAGUGACUGAUCAUGUGGAUCCUCUGCAUUUUAAUGCCAUAGUCUCUCCAAUACGCUGUUUGUAUUAUUAGUUAGCACCUGGGGGGGGGUAUCAUUCUGACCAAUCACUAACAAAAGAUGCUUGCCAUACUCAUUUUAGGUUCAGGCUGCUAUUUUCAUCUGAUAAUGCAGAGAAUUCUGGAUCAGCUGGGCUCUAAACGCAUGUUCUUGGUACUACAUUACCAAUUACUUUUGUUGCAUUUACAAAUUUAAAUAGGGAGACUCUUCUGUCAGUGUGGCUAUUUGCUUUGCUUAAAUAUCAGCAGAGUUGCAAGUCAAAGAAAGAACGAUCACCAAGCUCAUUUCUCCAGUUCGCUGUAAUUCAUUCCUCGCUAGGAGUUUUAUUAUAUUUGCUUCCUCAUAUUGUGCUGAACUCCUCUGCAAAGGAUGUAGAUUCAAGCCAACUUGGUGAAAAGGCAUUAGAGGGCUCAAACAAACAGGAAAUUUUGAGUUUUAUUAAUCAAAUCAUGAUUGAGUUUUUGUGGUAUGCUUUCUCCUAAGUCCAGCUGCCAUAAUCUUUCCAUGGGGAGAUAGUCUUCAUCAGAUCAUAGUACUCUUUUUUUCUUUUCUUUUCAGAUGGUCACAUGUACUGUGUAUGUUUGUUUGGAUUGUAGGAAACCCAUUUUGAACCUUUGGCUAACACAUGGUGAAUAGAACAAUAUGCUGAUAUACAGUAAAAUAUCAAGAAAACUCAUGUUGUUUUUCUUACCUUGGGGUCAAUUUACACACAAAUUACAUGCUCUACUACAUAAAGUUGGCUCAGGUAGGUAGCCGUGUUGGUCUGACGCAGUCAAAAUAAAUGAAAAAAAUUGUCCAGCAGCACCUUAGAGACCAACUAAGUUUGUUCUGGAUAUAAGCUUUUGAGAAGAAGUGUGCAUGCACACAAAUGCUUAUACCCAGAACAAACUUAGUUGGUCUCUAAGGUGCUACUUCCUGCCAACCUAGCAGUUCGAAAGCACAUCAAAGUGCAAGUAGAUAAAUAGGUACCGCUCUGGCAGGAAGGUAAACAGUGUUUCCGUGCGCUGCUCUGGUUCGCCAGAAGUGGCUUCGUCAUGCUGGCCACAUGACCCGGAAGCUGUAUGCCAGCUCCCUCGGCCAAUAAAGUGAGAUGAGCGCCGCAACCCCAGAGUCGGUCACGACUGGACCUAAUGGUCAGGGGUCCCUUUACCUUUAAGGUGCUACUGGACAAUUUUUAAAUUUUAAUUUUUUUAUUUCAACCACAUAAAGUUGAGUACAGGAGGCUGCAUGCCUCGCUUACUGCACACGGAAGGCUUUGUAUGAUGUUCCUGUCAACAUGGCCAGCUUCCUCUAAAAAAGGGAUAGAUUGCAUUGGCAGAAUGUGUAUCUAGUGGACUGUGGGCUCACAAAUGCUAUGUCUUCUGUGACAAUUGUUAAAUUUCCCAUUGUUUUCUUACCUGUUUCAUUGUGUAGAGCAAUUCAUAUAAUUACUGCACACCCAUCGUGGACAUAGACUACUACUGUUCCUGUCUGAUCAGAUUUAAAAUGAACAAAUAAACAAAAAACUAUCAUAGAAUUUUAGAAUUGCUUGUGAAUGUACCUUUUUAAAUUUCUAACUUCACUACAACAAAACCUAGCAAUGACAGGAUGCAGGACUAGAGUGCAUAUGCCACUUUAAUAUAUAUUCUAGUAAAAUAAGAUGAAAAUUUGCUGGUGCAGACAUGCUCCUAAUGAAGGAAAAAAUGGGAGGGGAGAAUGAUAGUAAAUUAAGCUGACUUUUUGAUGUUUCACAAAACAGCAUAGCUGAGCUUACUGCUCUAGGAUGAGUCAUAGCAAUGUUUUAACAGCAAGACUCUUCUUCAAAAUGUUGACAGACUACAGGCUACAUAUGUCUUGUCCUUUCUUGUUUUGAACUUUACAAUUCUGUGGUAUCAUGUGCCCUGGGGUAUAUAUUGUUGUAUCAUAAUGAAAUAACUUUAUGUGGCUUUUGCACACAAAGACACAGAGAACACACAAUGACUAGGAGAAGAUGCUGUUGCAAAGGUCAGCCUGGCUUGCCAUGCUUAUUUUGAACUGGAGUAAAGUUUCAAACUUGAGCAAAGUUUUAGAUUCUACUGUUCUAUGGGGCAGGAUGGAUUGUCAGAUCUUAAUAGGCACCAGGGGAAAAUGUUCCUCUAUAUACAGGCCUUUGUCUGAUUAAGCAAUCUAUGGCCUUUUAAACUGAGAGCGGUAUUGUUUUUGUGAUUAUAUUAUCUAGUUAGGGCAGUAUAGAAAUUUAAUAAUAAUGAAUAAAUGAUCAAGCCAUUAUAAAGCUUGCUGGAAAAAAUUGAGCGAAUUUUCUGGCUUUGUCCAAGAGCUUCACUUUUAAGAAACUGUUUUUGUAAUAAAGAGAGUGUAUACAUUAGAUAUUUGAUAUGAGUUCUUUGAAUAAAUGUAUGAAGCAGCUGCAUGGCUUUUUAUGUAUUAUUAUUUGCUGCUAAUUGUCUGUGUGCACCUGUAUGCAUACUUAACACAUUAAAAGGCUGCUAAAUGAAUACAUAAACAAAACAAGCCAGAAAACAAUUCAUGUUUUUGAAUAAUCCCAAGAAAUUAUGCUAAAAGCUAAGUAAUUAAUAAUAAUAAUAAUAAUAAUAAUAAUAAUAAUAAUAAUAUGCAUCUCUUUAAAUCUGUCCAGCUAAAAGGCAUCCGUCUUGUUGCCUUUCAAACAAUAUUAUUUUUCUAUUUUGCCUAAUAAUAAGCAUCUUGAUUUUUGUGGUAAAAACAUGCAUAUUAUGUUUACCAACCAGAAGCAUAAUGUUGGAAUUGAGUAAAUGCAUAUUAAGUUGGGACCUGCUUGCUACUAACUUAGCUUAUAUUGCCGUAGUUUUAAAGAACUGUGGCAAACACUCCAAAGCUAAUGAUAUACCAGAAAGCCAGUACCCUUAAAGCCUUGUUCAUACAUUAAAACUUAUAUUUACAGUUGAUAACCCUUCCAUGUAUUAACCAUGGAAUCUGGCAUUCAACAAUUCAUGUGGGGCAAGUGCCAGCUCUGGCAAAAUUAACUGUUCUUCACAAACUCGUGCUGUACUGUCCUCAUCUUGCUCUACCAGUACCCAUUUCUCUUGCUGCGGCAUCACUUUACUAUUGAUAGUUGCUCUGUCUAAUCAGAGGAAUAUAGCACACUCUCCAGUGGCUGUACAUGAACUUCUUGGGGUGUAUUUUAACAAUGUCCUUGUAUUCACAGAAGGGCCUCUGAUCCAGCUCCAGGUGUAAUAAUAGGAAAGAGGAGAGCUAUUUCAUUGAUUCCCCUUUCUCCAACAGUUCUUGGAACUCAUAUAUCUCAGCUCUGCUCCAGAGGGUAGAGGGACCCUGUAGAACAGCAUAGCAGGCAGCAUGUGAGGCUGCACAAAGGAGAAAAGGGGGAAUGUGUGAAAAUUGGCUCUAUUCCUGUUCUGAUCAUGGAAGCCUCUGCAGGAUCCAGGAGCCUUUCAUGAAUGGAAGGAUAGCAUUGGCUAUAAGCCCUUGUAAGAACAGUAGAAACCAAAGUGUAGGUGACACAAGAAAUCUGUUUUCGGGAAUGCUAGAGAAUUGAAACCUAGGGAAGCAGUCAUUUUGAGUUCAGAUUGUUGUAAUAAGAAAUGCACAAUGGAAGCAAAGUUUGUUCUGUCCUUUAGUCUUUUGUAGCAUCCUUUUAUACCUUGCAGUUGCCAUAUUACACUCUGUUUCCUCUGUCUCUCACUCCAGGGUUUAGAGAGGCAGUCAGUGGUCCUCCACAAUAGAUGCAUUUAACUGAGAUUUUGAACCCAUUAGCAAUACAGCAAUCAAAAAGCAAAACAAAUGUCCCCUUUUAAAAUGAAAAACAUAAAUACACAGACGGUAUUGUUAGUUUCAUAGCCAAGUUUGAAUUCACCGUGCUCAACAGACUUCUCAAUUUUUUAAUGUGUAAGAUACAGUUUGGUGAGAAAAUAAAUAUUGGAAAGUAGCUAAUAGGGUGUUUUAUGUAUUAUGUCAUUGAUUUAUGGAUUUAAUAUGAAAGAAAUAUAAAUAUCUGAUAAGAGCUCUGGGAUUUUUAGUUGCCAGUUCAGUUUAUAUAUUAUUUGUAGAAAUGUAUUCACACUAGAACAUUAGCAGAUUUUGCUGGCUGUGGGUUUUUAAAAGUAUUUAUUAUAGUUUCUUUAUGGGGUCCUGAUCAGGGCCACACCCACUUACCUUCAGCAAUAGUGCAGCAUCAACUGUUCCCAGAUUAUUCACCACGACAAGAUUUAUAGUUUUAUGUGCUGCUGUUUCAAAGUGAUUGUCAAGGAGUAAACUGGGAUUUGGAUAGCAUUUGGAACUGGGAGGAAUCUAAGAGCAAAACAGGCCAACAAAACAACUAAGAUUCAUGAAAGGUCAGGGCACAGAAAAACAAAGGAGAGAAAGCAGCCUCUUUAUGCUUCCAUUUAGAGGGACUUCCUGGAGUUGAAACUAAACAGAGACAUUCAGGUGGCUUUGGGAGAGCUUGCACAUCACAACUAGGUGAGGCUGAGCAGCUAGUCCCAAUAGAUGUGUACUGCAUGCCAUUUCCCCACUUGCACAGGUUUACUGAUUUUUGUCUGUUGUGGUGUGUAGGUGAAAAGAAAGGGGCAGAGCCAGAUGAUGCAGAAUUGCUGAGCCUCAGCAAAAGGCUGGUGGAGAAUGCAGUCCUCAAGGCAGUGCAGCAGUACCUAGAAGAAACCCAAAACAAAAACAGACUGACUGAUUUUGAAAGCCCAGUGAAAACUGAGGAAGCAGCCAUUGGCAAUUGCAAGGAAAGUGAGAAUGACAAUAAAAAAUGA